AGCAAGGGAAACCAGAAGGGAAGGAGGACAGGGAUCCUGUAGCUUUAACAUUUAUAUAGAAGAGGGAAAUUUGGCCCGCACAGAUUGCUAUGCAAGGCUGAGAAAAUCUGUACCUGCUGAAGUUUCCUGACUUGCUGGAAAUUGAACCCAGAACCUUCUCUCUCUAAGCAGAUGCUCUACCGCUGAUCUAUGCCCUUCCCUGUCCUGGGUUUGUGACAUUGCACUGGAACAGCCAUUCUCAAAAUGGCUCUAAACCCUUGGGUGAAUUGUACUCCUAGCUUUCACUUUAAUGUGUCUCUGUGUUCUGUCGGGUCAAUGGCUAGACCUCUCUUGUAGAAAUAAACACUUUAGCAAUAUAAUAUGGUUCAGCCUUGUGUGCCAACUUCCAGUGAGAUUUGUGGUUCUGUAAGAAGUUUUCUUCCCACUCUGCUAGAAAGGUCGGGGGGACAGGGCAAGACAUACCCUCCAAACCAAUUGACUCUUCUACACUACCCCUAAAUGGCAAACCAAACAUUCAUGAAAAAUGAAUGACUCAGGAAAUUAGUACCUUCUUAUGUUUCAGAGAAUGAAACGCCACCGGCACCCUUUCGUCGACAGACAUAAGUAUGUUGAUGUGCUGGAUACUUUAUCUCAAACUACUUAUCCUGGUAAUUGCCUCGGCAGGCAGCAGCUCCAAGAGCCCUGUGAAAUACAGCCAGGAUGCCUAGAAGUGAAAAGCCAACUGCCUCACCAAGGAAUGGUAAUGGCAAUUUUAAUUAUACAUCUUAUUCCAGCAUCCUUUAGGUGCAUAAUUCUAGUGUUUAUAGCUGAAACUCCCUCCCAACAUCAGUCUGGGGUGUGCGUGCGUCUGUGUGUGUGUGGGGGGGGGACGUCUGCAUUGUCUCUGAAAUUUGCUCUCAUUUCAUUUCCUCUUAGCUUCUUCCUUUCGUUUCGGCAGCCUAGCUAUUAACUUGAUACUAACUUGUAAAUCAAAACUCUGUGUUGGCAAUCUCUGUUUUUGAACCACAACUAAGAAAGAGAAAGAAUAAUAGUAAAAAAUCAAAUUUUUGGCUCAGUUGAGGCAGAUGCCUACUUUCCCACUUAUAGGACCUGAAUACAAUAUCUACAUUUCUGCAUGUGACUUGAAUUGUCAGUCAUGAGGAGAAAACUUAACAGUUUCCCCAAGAUAUUGCUGCUGGGACCACAAGCCAUUGUUUUGAGCCAUGUUUUCAAAUAUUUUCAUCCUGCUUCCAGAUAUGUGUAUCCCUGCAGCUUAAGAAAGAAGGGAAGUCAGAAAGAAGGAAGGAAGGAAGGAAGGAAGGAAGGAAGGAAGGAGAGGGAUAGAGAAAGGCAUUGCAGAAACAGAGUAACUGGAUCCUGGAAUGUUUUAUUAUAUUUCAUUUCCCUCAGUUAAACCUUACUAUAGUUAAAGGUAAAGGGACCCCUGACCAUUAGGUCCAGUCAUGACCAACUCUGGGGUCUUGCUUUAUUGGCCGAGGGAGCUGGCGUACAGCUUCCGGGUCAUGUGGCCAGCAGGACUGAGCCGCUUCUGGUGAACCAGAGCAACACACGGAAAUGCCAUUUACCUUCCCGCCGGAGCGGUAUCUAUUUAUCUACUUGCACUUUGAUGUGCUUUCGAACUGCUGGGUUGGCAGGAGCAGGGACUGAGCAAUGGGAGCUCACCCCGUCGCGGGGAUUUGAACCACCGACCUUCUGAUUGGCAAGCUUUAGGCUCUGUGGUUUAACCCACAGUGCCACCCAGUUAAAGUUUCCCAUUGAUUCACUGUCACUCCCCGAAUAGUGCAUAGAGUUCAGGAAUAGGACUAAGGAGAAUUGGAAGCCAAGUCAGACCAUUGGUUCCUUUAGCUCAGUAUCAUCCACAGUGACUGGCACCAGGGUAUCAGGCAGUGGUCUCUCCCAAGAGAUACCAAGUAUUGAACCUGGGGCCUUCCGCAGGCAAGGGCGAUGCUCUAGCAAUGCACAGCCCUUCCCCAAGGCAUUAUUCACCAGGCGAAUAAGCAACCUGCUUCUUCACAUCAACACAUUACUCUGCCCAUUGGAUUCUCUUUUGCUUGUUAGUUAUUCUGUGCCACUGUGCUUAAUUAAAUUCAAUCAAUUACAUUGACGAUGUGUUUAAGCCCCGGUUAUGAGCAGUGCCUUUUUAUGGUACAGAUAUCAGCAUGUUGAUUUCUGCAGAAUAUAUACUCCCUGCUUUAAUGGCCAUUCCAGUGCAUAUUGUAAGCAGCCAGCUGCUCCCUUACUGCGUGGUUUCAUCAGGAUCCUCUGUCCAUGGGAGUUUUUUCUUUGGCUGAAAGCAGAUCACUGAAGGCACUCCUUACAAAUAAAGUAAGGUGCCCAACUAUAGCAUGCAUGCAAAGCAUCUUUCCAAAAGUCUUCAUCACUGCAAGGACUCCAUGGCAAUUGUAAUGAUCUUUGUAUAAUGUGGAUCCAUUUACUGCCUCCAGGCGAAAGCAUAUAUUCAGACCAAGCAAAAGAACACUCAUUUUUGCGUCCCACUCUUGAUAUUGAAUAACAUUUUUGCAUAAUUUGGGAGUGGGGGGAGAUUAUGCAGAUGUUGGUGGAAAUUGAAAUGACAGAACAUGUUACUGGCUUUUUGGAAGGAAUUUCUGCUUCUUGCAUAUAUGCCUUUAAAAAAAAAUCAUCCUGCCAACUUCUGAAUAACUCUUGCACAGUCAGAAAACAAUAAUAAUUCUGUUCUUUUCUCAGCAUUACAUAUUUUGCCAUUCUUUAAUUUCCCACUUUAUCAAAGCAGUACUCAUUUUGUUCAAUGGAGUUUUCACUCAGUAAAUUAACAUGUACGCCAUUGUUUUGAAAAAAGAUUUGGGUAGGUUCCUUCAAAUGAUAAGUGAAAAUAGGAAACAAUGUGACUGAUGGAAUGUGGAAAAGUCACAAAAAGCUCACCAGUGGUGAGCCUGCCGCUAUGGAAUUAGAACAAUCUGAAGUUGAUGUGACCUGGGAGAUCUGUGAUUGGGUCUCUUUGCCUUUUUUUUUUUUUUUUUUAGAAAAAUACUUUAAUGUAGCUAUGAGAUGGGUUGUGAAACUGGACAAGGGCUACAGCACUGGGGAAAGGGAGAACUGGAGUUAGGAUAAGAAGGCCUGUGAAGGGGGAAAAAACCUAGACAUCCAUUUUGUGCAACUCAUUGGUGCAUUAAUCUUUCAAAGAUGAGUAUUUUUUUGUGAUGUGUAUCCUGACCUGCAUUGAUCUUAAUAUAAAAUCUAACUUCCUGCUCAGAUUAAUAGUAUAUGAAACAGAUCUCUCCCCACAAAAAAUUCACAACAAAAAAUAAAUAAGUUCACCAGCAGCACAAUCCUAGACAUGCCUAUUUAGAAAUAAGCACCUCCUCCCUUUCUCAUGAUUCUCCUUCAUUUCUUUCCACUUGGAACUUGUUCCCUUCUUUCUGUCAUGCUAAAUCUCUUGCCUCUUUUUAUGAUAAAACUAAAUGACCUAAACUGACCAUUUGUUCCACAUGUAACGCCUUUCAUAAGCAUACAUAUAACCAGCACUUUUUUUUCUAAAAAAAUGUUUGGGGUACUGUCAUUUUGACUCAAGAAAACCACCAUUUUAUAGAUCAAAUCGGGAAAAAUAAAUACAGUAAAUGGACAAAAGUACAAAAUUCACAAAAUGUUUAGGGGUAUGUGUACCCCUGCAUCCCACCCCCCAGAAAAAAGCAUAUAGCCAGCAGUCAGAAGUCAUGUUUUGUGAUUUUCUAGAUGGUUAACAAUUUGUUAUCAGUUUAUUUGGAUAAAUAAGGUUGUGCUGCAUUUGAAAACUGCAGCUACUGUAUUAAUUUGUUAAUGUACAACAUUACUACUUCAUGGGAACAUAGGAAGCUGCCUUAUACUAUUGGUGCAUCUUGCACCAAUGGCAGUAGAUCUCAAGAAUUCCAUACAGGUGUGUAACCCAUCCUUAUCUGGAGAUGCCCAGACUGAACCUGUGGUCUUCAGAUGCUACAGCUCUUCCCCCAUUACUUGUACCUCUUCAGCAAUUGUAACUGAUGUUUGUACGACUUGUAUAGGCCAGAACCAACAGGGGCCGGGCUCUCUGUUGUUAAGGCAGAGUGCUCUAUGAGCAAACAAGAAUUUCCUGCUGUGCUCAGAAUGCAGUGUGCCAUUUCAGACUUUUUCCAGGAGAAAGAUAAAUUCUCCAACCAUUUAUCAGGAGUGGGCCAUUAGCAGUAGCACAGCUCAAAUUAUUUUAAAUGGGACAAAGCUGUCUGCAGGUGGAUGCACUUCUGGUCAUGCCUAAUGUCUUUAUGAUUUGAAUGCUAGAAUUGGCCUUUAAAUGACUAUGCAGAGAUGGGAACAAUCAGCAGAUGCAUUACGGAUCUGGGAAUUAAAGAGCCGCUAAAUGGACUUCAGGACACAGAAAACAAAGAGUUUUUACUUUUCCUCCACAGUGAGAAUAGAGGUUGACAAUGAUGAAGGCAGUGCUGCUGAAAGCGAAGAAGGUAAGAAUGCCCAGGAUAGAGUGUGAGUGAGAGAGAGAGAGAGAGAGAGAGAGAGAGAGAGAGUAAAAAGAGGUUCUAUAGAUCUCUGCCUUCAACAAGCUGGGCAGGACCCCCAGGCCAGUUCUUCAUACACAAUGGUUCACACUGCAAAAGAACCAAGAUGUCAUCACCUACAAAGGGCGGUAGAAAUUCAAGAAUAAUGUCCUCUUGUUGAUAUGGUACUUAACAAACAUGACAGCAACCAUGUCACGAUUAUUUCAAUUAACAGUAUUAAAAUGGCAACCAUGUGUUAAAUGGAAGUUUUCCCAUUUUCAGGGCAUACACUCUGUUCCUUAACAUUCUGCUUAUAUUUUUGGAAUAUGAAUUUUAUCUGUGAUCUUAGGAUCAUUCCAUAUAUUUCCCUAUUUUUCCUCAGUGCAGAAAAUGCAACUAGGAAGGCAGUUUUUAACAGAAAAGACAACAUAUAUGCAUUGAUCUUCCACAGCAAAUUUUGGCCUGGCUGCUUUAUGCUUUUGAAAACCUCCCAUAAGGUGGUGGACCUGACUGAUACAUAUAGUUCCACCUAUAUGGCUAAAAAUAAGAGUACACAGCCUAAACAGUGUAAUGUUGGAAUGCAAUCUGUUGACAUCACAUUGUGAUGAUGUCCUCAAUCCAGACAAAGCCAUCUGUGCGUCGUAAAAAGUCCACAUCUAAUCUCUACUAUAAGAGGCUGAUAUGGAGAAUAGAGCAAUAGCAUUUAGCACCUUAGAGUUCGUGAGCAGUUUGAAACAGGGCUAAGAUUUCAUCUAUGGCCAUUUCUGAUAGUUCCACUCACCUGGAGCAGGGAAUGGGAAGGACUGGACUCAACCCAAGGGCUCCCUUUACACCUCAUAGGUGAUAUGCACUCCUAGCUUUCAGUCAAGUGUGUGGUUUGUUUGUUUUUGCGGUGCUUAGCAUUCCUUGGAGUGGGGCCAAAAUUAUCCCAAUGCUCUGCCCUGGAUUUCCAACACAGCUCCAAUGCAUUGGACCAGCAGUAGUUUGCAUUCUUUGUCAGAGCUGAACACUGUACUGGAAUUGUGUUUUUCUAGGAAAAACUUUGUUCUAUGUCAUUCCAAUGCUAUUUAUAAAUGGCUGCAACUGCACUGGUUUCUUAAUGUCCCAUUAAGGUACUAUACUCUGAAAUGGGGUAGGCAAGUGCGGCACUGCAGGCUUUAACUGGCCACCAAGGCUGUCACAAAAUUUUCUCACUUUUCCAUUUUUGUUUUGCUACUUUUGUAUCUGAUCCUUCUGAAGAGCCCAGAGAGGUGCAUUGCCUCAUAACAGUCCCGGGAAAUGCCUGGACAGGCUGGACUUCUGUCCUUUUCACAAUUAUGUGGAAUUAGUAGCAGUUCAGACACGUCACACCUGUUGACAUUCAUCCUUCUGCAUCGCUAUUAAAGGUGCAGGAGGAGCCCUGGUCACGUCUGCAUCUGUCCACCCUACCUGUGAGGUAUGUGAGGCUGCAUGGCUAAUGCAAGGCUACCGAAUAUGGUCCAUAAUGACUGAGAACUGAGGCUGUGGUUUCUCACUGCACCGUGACUGGCCCAGGGAUCAUUCGCUGCUUUUACUUGGCUUGAAACAAUGACAUCAGAAAACAAUGUUUUGUGUGUGUAUGUGUAGGUUUAUGUGUGGAGGGGGGGAAGGUGGCUGAUAUCCAGAGGGAAUGUAUUUUUGUUCUCUGUUCUUGACAAUAAAGAGCAAGAAUCUGUUCAGAGAAAGGGAGCGUCAAGUAAGAAAACCAGAGAGAAAUAUGAAGAGGAUGAAGAGGGCGAGGAUGAGGAUGAAGAGACUGCCGCAGAUCGUAGGCGAAAAUACAAAAGGCGGAGGAUGAAAGAUGGUGGAUUAGACAUCAGCGAAUCGGAUGGAGAAGGCUGUAAAAGCAGGAAGAACAGAGCCAACCAGAUGACCAAGGACGGUGAUGAAGAAGAUGGGGAUAAAAAACGCAAGGACAAGAAAAAAGGGAAAAAGAAAAAAAAGAAAGACAAAAAGAAAAAAGGAUCAGGGUAAUGCCUUAUUAUGAUGAUCUCUUGAAUGAUGGUUGUGUUAGGCAUACUCAUAGAAUGGUAGAGAGGGGAGGGCUAUCAAGGGUCAUCUAGUCCAACCCUCUGCAAGGCAGGAAUCACAGGGAAAGAAUCCCUGACAGACAGUCACCCAACCUGUAUGUUUAAAAGCCUCCAUUGAAGGAGAGACCAUCACCUUCUGAGAUGCUCAUGGAGCCAGAUCUAGACAUACUCAGUUCUCAUAAAAAUUGAGUAUUUCCAAAAUUUAAUUUUGGCCAGAGGGCGUGACACUUUUGAGUGUGUGUUGUGCUCAACAGAGUGCAGUCCACUACACUGAAGGACUGUCGGGGGGCGGCGUUCUCUGUUUGAAAGCAUCUUCUAUUUGGGCACACACAUGUCACCUGGAUGCCUUCCACACUGUGCUGAGAUACAGUACAGCUUAAAUUUGCAUCUAUGCAUAUAAAUCACCACAUGCACAUUUUCUGAAAAUUGAUGUCCUAUUUGGCAAUGCAUAACUGGCCACUCCUGUUCAAAGCUGUGUGUGCAAUGUAUGUAAGAUUCUGAGACCUCAAUACCCAAAGGAGAAAGAGCCAAAUUAGGCAUGUUGCUAUGUGCCUAUAAUUAGUUUUCUAACUAAAUAGCCAUUGCAAGGGAUUGGCGCUAGAAAGGGAAUGCAGCUUAGUGUGUGUAUUCUCCAGGAGUUCAUAUGGUCUCUCCCAGCCCAACCUGGAGAUGCUGGGGAGCGAACUUGGGACCUUCUGCAUGCAAAGCUCCACCGCUGUGCUGCAGCCCUCCCCCUACUCAGAGCUGCUUUGGAAAGUUUUGAGCUUCGCAUCUCUUCCUAGUUCCCUGCGUCCUUCACAGUCCUUCCCCAAACCCAUGUAUUAGUAUUAAAAUUAAUCAAGGCAUGAAGACAGUGCAGAAGCAAAUGGGUCUGUUUACUUUUCAAAUAUCUGGCAGCAACUACGUAUUUUCAGUUUUUGAUUACUGCUGUUGGUGCUCCCACCCAAAAUAUCUCACAUACAUUCAGGAAUCAAUGAAGCAAUCUUGAUAAUCAGGAAGUCAUCAUCACAUUUAGUUUGUUCCUGAAAUACAGUAGAAAUAAUGAGGCAAAAAAACUCAUAUGUAGUGGGAAUGUGCCAGCUAUGAGAUGUUGUUGUUGUUGUUGUUGUUGUUAUUAUUAUUCCACCCAUCUGACUGGGCAUCUCCCAACAGAAUAUUAAAAACACGAUGAAACAUCAUCAUAUCAGGGCUGGAAUGGAAGGGGUGUUAACCUUUUAUUCCACUAUGGAAAAUAUUUUACACCAAUCAUUCUUUUUAAAGCUUUCUAUGAUGAUUGCUCAUAGGAACCUGCUGCAGUAGGGUAUGUUGAAUUUUUCAACUUUCAAAUUUCAAAAUAUGAGGGAUGCUAAAAAGUUGUGUCAUGAUUUGGGAAUUCAAAAUAUAUUUUGGUUAAAUAAAUAUAAUUUAGUUUUGUUUUGUAAGUAAAAUAUGUGUAAAAUCGCAUAGAAAUAAUGAAAAAUGACUGUCAAGUACUUGCAGUUAUAUAAUAUAUUAAUAUUAUUAAUAUUUAAUAUUAUAUUGCAUUACCUGAUCUUUUCAGAAGGUAAAAUUAAAAUCCUGAAAGCAUGUUAUGUGUUUCUUCAUCAAACGUUGACCUUACCAAGCUAAAUGUUGUCCAAUCAAAAAAAUAAUAGCAGAUUUGAGUUCCUCACACCCAAAAACAUAUUUUAAAGACCCCUCACUGUCAAAAAUUAAGUAUCACCCCCCCUAAAAUGACAUGCCUUACUACUGAAGGUCUAAGCUUUAGUGAUAUGUUCAAAACGGCACCUCAGAGUUAUUAUCCUAUUUAUGGCCAGAGGAAUUGAUAGGAAAAUUUAUGCUGAGCUUGUCCAGUCGGAAGAUAAAUUUCCCAACACUUUCUCAGAGAGGAACCUCACCUCUGGCAGUGUCUUCCUUUCCCCUUUCCUAAGGCCUUUGUCCACGUGUCGGGAGGAAGAGGAGGAGGAACUAUGCUGGCAACUUGGCCACUAUUUUGUAUCCUCCACAUGGGCUGCACUGGCAUCGUUCUGAGAUAUUGUGCAUGGGAAAGGGAGGCGGAAGCACAAUGUUUGGAGCAUUCGGAGGGUGGGAAUGGUGGUUGCUAAUAUGUUUUCUGUUUCUUGAAAACAAAAAUAACAAUACUGCAAAAAAAGAAGAAGAGCAUUCUCUCAGGACAGCGGAGGGCGUGUGUGCCGUGUCCCAUUGGAGCAGUGGUGCUGGCACUCGCCCCUCUUCUGAUUGGAAAUGCUUCCGUGGGGGAGGGGGAGGGGGAAGGGCCGUCGAGGAGGGUCAGUUACAGGGGGAGUGAGAAAUGCCCCUUUUUUCAUCUGAGGAAUGUUGGAGGCUAUGUUUAAAGUCCAAGUUCAGUUUCAUUAUCCAGCUUCAUAUUGCUUGAUGUUUGCUCAUGCUGUGCAAAUUGGAGGGGGGUCUGCCUGCCAGGGUAUGGGGGCCUGGGAACACAUUAUGCAGCAAGUUUAAUAAUACAUACCUUCCAGGGGUGGGUGGAGCAGCUGCCCCCAAGCAUACCAGUGAAGCUGUCCCUCUUUUCACCCCUCUCUUUCUUUUAAAGCUCUGAUUCAAGUUCUGAAGAGGAGCUUACAGAGGAGGAAAUAGCCAAACUGAAGGAAGCGGUAGAAGAGAAAAAGAAGCUAAUUGCCACAUUAAGAAACAAGCCCUGGAAUAUGAAAAAGAAACUGGAAGUCUUGAAGUAUGAUAUUGUAUAUGGUCACUUGUAGGGCAUGUUUGCACUUGUUUUAGUCGUGACUGCUUGAUUACUCAGUAUUUGAUCACUCACAGGUGAAUGUGUGAACUGGUGUCACAGAGAAGCAUUGGGCUGGAUCCAGACUAAGUCAGCCAUGACUUACUUAAGCCCCUCUGAUUGCAGUGUGACCUAGAUAUGACUUACACUGGAACAAGCCCAUUGGGUUGGAGGUAAUAUAAAAUUCUAUCAGUGAUAUUUGUAAGCAUGCAUGCAAUCAGGCCACCCUUUUUUGCAGCAUGUUCGAUGGAGAAGACUAUGGACUAUGAAAGCUCAAUAAACAGGUGAAUCUUUAAGGUGUCACAAGUUUGUUGGCUUUUUCCCAUUAAAAAUGAAGUCAGUUCACACAUGCAGCUGUCAGAUGUGAUCUAGGGAUGUAACUCCAUGCAUGAGCCACUAUAAUUCAUUGAAUAAAUAUCUUUAGUUCCCAGAACUUUGACAAGAAAGACACAAUAGGUCCUGAAAUAGGAACAAAGGUGGGAUUUCUGAUCAUCUGUAAUGUAGUCCGGGGUAAUUAAUGUAGAAGCAAGGCCACAGCUUUAUGUCAAUUGGGGGUGAGCAACCUUUUUCCAUGGACGACCACAUUUCCUCAAGGUUAAUCUGUCAGGGGUUCCAUUCAACUGGUGGGUGGUUCCAGAAAUUCUGGCUCUGGAAUGAAGACCAUCCUCUUCAGUGUUCACCAGAGCUACAGCAGGCUAGAAGUCCCAAUUUAAUGAAGUCUAUUCAGAAUUAUGCCCCACUUGGUUUGAUGGGAUCACCCUCAAAUAACUAUACAGACAUUUAUUUAUCAGUGAAACAGUUCAAUGCAGUCACUGUUCUGGAAAAUAAUGAAAAGUAACUCAUUCCUGACAUUAAUGUGCUAUAUAAAGCGAAUCUAGAGAGGCAAGAAAGGGGAAGGAACAUGAAGGAACAUGAGGUGGAAAACCAACAGAAUUCUUGAGGAUGGCAUUAAAUGAGACCACAUGUGGGGUCACAUGUGGACCUGUGGUUUAAUUAAGAAAUCAUUUCUAUCCAGCCCGGAUUAUACUCCAGUCACAAGUGAUGGAAUUCCCCUUCCUUUGCAGCACCACAAUCUGCUCUAAAGGGUUUCCUGAGCUUCUGGAGCAGAUUUUCUGUGUGAACAGGGAACUGCAAUGGGAAGAGGUGGAAAUGUUAAUCCUGGUUGGGCAAUCAGAGGUUGUUGCACCACAACUGGAUAGAUCACCUUGAAAUUCUGGCCUUGUUUUUUAAAAUAAAAUUAAUCUUUUAAAGAGUUGCCCUGGAGCAACACUGCAUUUCUCUUUAAUGAAAUUUGAGCUGGUGCCUGGAACUAUCUUGACCUGUUAUUGAAAAGUUGAGCAAUCCACUUGAAUCCUCCUCUUCAGAAGCAACCUCUUAAGUUUGGUAAUUCAUUCCCCACUUCUGAAACCUUGAAACAGCUCAAGUACAGUAUACCUCGCACUUUGAGAGCUGCAACCCCACACCCCCCAUGAAUUAUUAAGCUAGGCCAUUUAAGGACAAUAAUACCUGUGCUCAUGAAAUAUUCAUGCCCCUUGUGUUGGUAAUUAGAUUAAUGUUUCUUUGAAUUUAAUAAAGCUUUCAAUGGGUUAGCUAAGAGAGUACAUUUUGGUCUAUCUUGUAUUAUCGAUAAUUUACAUAUAGCACACAAUCCACUUACCUUGUGUUUUUGACACUUUUGCAUCUUUGAGUAAAGAUGUACAAGAUUUGUUUCUGAUGUUCAAACAUGCUUUAUAAGAACACACAGGGAGUGCAUGGUGAUGUUUGAAAGUGAGGUCCUUUGCUUCCUCCAGCAGGUGACUGGGCAGUUACCAGAUAUCUUUCAUAAACUAAAAUGCUUUCACUGGUCUUUUGGUGAUGUAUUUUCAAAACAUAAGCCAAACAGAUUUCACUCUCUUGUCAUAUCUGGCAAAUGAAGGAUCUCAUGUUUAAAGUCAUAAUCAAUUUAUAUGUGUUUUCUGUACACAUUUAUGCUCAAAGCAGUUGACAGGAGAAAAAACAGUAAAAAUGCAGUAGUACAAUAACCAUAAUACAUAAUAAAAAUUACAAUAUCUGUACAACAUAACACUAACAAUUCAACAAUGAACACUUCUAAAUAAUUUAGAAAAUUUAGUGAGCAUAAAGCUUACAAACAGGUCAGUUAACAAGAUCCCAAAGCUGAUGGUAUUUUUGUACUUUGCUCCAACUUUUAUACCCAGAGUGAAAAGGCCAGAAAACCCUUCAGAAUGCUUCUCUUACAUUCAGGGGGUUAUCAGUUAGUUUCAGUGUCUUGACCUGCUGACUGUGAGGCCCUUCAUCGGGGUGGCAGCUCUUUUCUGCCCAGUGGGCCAGAUUCUUAUCUCCCUACCUAUGGCAAUGUUGUGCUUUGAAGCCCCAGCUGUUGGGACUUCAAAGUGCAUCAUGGGAGUGUGUGCAGCUAAACCGAGCAGGAUUUAACCCUGGCUCAUCAGGUGAUGUCACCACCAUUGGAGUGAUCUCAGCUGAUUGGCAGGUGGAUAUGGCUUUUAAAAAAGCUUUGCAGGCCAAAUUCAACCCCUUGGCAAGCCCAUGUUGGCCCACAAGCUAGAGAUUCCUACCCCUGCUGUAGAGGGCUGAUAUUUGAUGCAGCAAUCUUUAAGUACUUGUGAACAGUGAGCUUGAAAGUGCGGUGUAGCGUGUUGGACUUAGCUGAGGAAACCUGGGUUCAUAUCCUUGAUCAGCCAUGAAGUUCACUGCUUGGAUGACUUUGAGGCAGUGAAGCCCAGCCUGCUGAACAUAUGGAGCAUGUGCUAGUCCUCCCAUCAAAUUACACUACAGCACAUCUGCGAAUAAAGUUGUUGCUCUUUCUGUGAAAGAAGUGCCAGGGCUGCGCUCCUUAUGUUUCUGACUGACUAUAUCUAAGGUAGGAAAGUUGAGUUGAACAAAGGAUGAAGCCCUCUGCGGCAGUGGGUGGCUGCAGCAGCACAGAGGCUUUGUUUUAAUUAGCUCAUUGAACAUAAUAGUAUUUUGUGUUUUUUGAAUCAUUACCCUCUGACUAUCUUCUGAGAUAGCCUACUCAAGCAGCAGAGUUGCUUUUCAUAUGUUUUGUUUUUAAGAAAGAUCCACUGGGAAUACUUCCUAAAACCACAGCCUUAUUGAGAUGUGUGCUGAAGUGCCUGUAAAAUAAGCUAUUUGAAUUUAUCAUGUAAAUAGUCCAUGAGUGGUACAGAUGUCAGUUGCUGGGGAAUACAGGUACUUGACAGGGACCAGUAAAAUGACUGUUGUAUUUUUGUAUUGUUUUAUUUAUUUAUUGUGCGUGUGGGUAGAAUACAAGUGCUGGCAUCCUUUUUUCUUUUGUUUCCUACUACUACUCUUCCUGGGAUGGCAUCUUCACAUUAGGGUUAUUCAAAAAAUCCUCUUUUGCUACAGAAACAGCGCUAAAUCUGCUGGCCAUGGCCCACAGCACACCAUCACAAUCCCACUAUAAAUGACCAUAUAAACAAAUAUAGAAUUGUUUUGCUUGUGGAUGAAGCUUACAGUUCUCUAGGGGACCGUGUGGUCCUCCAGAUGUUGCUGAACAAUUCCUCCCCUCAUCGCUGCCCAUUGGCCAUGCUGGCUGCAGCUGGUGGGAGUUGGAAUGCAACAACAUCUGGAGGCCCAUAAGUCCCCCAUUGUUGCUACAGAGAAUCAUAAUGAAUUUAGAAUAAUCCAAGAUAGCGCACAAGAAAGGCAGGGAAUGAAAUGAAACAUUUUAUUGUGAAAUGGCAUGUCUGUGUUUAGUUUCUUGUUCCAUGACAUCCAAUUGUAAUUUUCUUGAUUCCUUGAUAUUCUAUGUGUCCUUAUCUGGCUCUACAUCAUUGGCUGUUGCGGGCAGUGGGUGGGGAAAUAUGGCGUGUCAUAAUGCCAGGACAUGGGCAAACUGUGCUUGAGGGGACGAGGAAAUAAGGAACGUGGUUCCCAUGUUUAGUGGAAGAGAAAGUGUUUGGCAUAACAUGUCACUGGGAUGCUCAGUAAUGUCAAGUGUGUCUCAAUGUUUCAGCAGAAGAGAAAGUGAGAGGAAAGAUGCUUUCAGAUAAAUCCACAAGCACUUCUUUAUUUUUAUUUUUCAGAGAUGCUCAGCAGUUUGUGGAAAAAUUCGAAGGAGCCCUUGGCAAAGGCAAAGGGAAGAAAUUUUAUGCAUAUAAAGUGAUGAUGAUGAAAGUAAGGACCAUCUCUCAUUAUGGCUUUGAAUUGGCUCACUCAGCCUUUUUCAAAUAUCUCUUCCAGAAUUAAUGGUUUCACUCUCCUUUUGGAUUGCAUUUACUUUUAGCUAUAAAAAGCAAGAAGAAUUUUCUGGGUAUCUUAGUUCUGUAAAUGCCACAAAACUGCUAAUGUUCUCUAUUAAUCCUUCAAACACAUUUGUGCCUUCAAAUCAUAGUAAUCAAAAAGAUUCUGAGCAGUCAGGUAUGGAUCACAGUCAGUGGAGCAUAGGUGAACAUUCACAAAAAAUAAAUGAAGGUAUCAAAAUCAGAUGAUGCUUAGGGAAAGGAUACUGCAAGUUAUCCAAAGAAAUACAGAUAGGCUGAAAUCAUAUCAAAACCAAUGCUUCAGUGUGACUUGGUGCUGCAGACCCAAGUAAACCUACAAGAAAGGCACAGAUUAGAAAUAUUAUAUGUAAGUUAGUUAAUAAAUGAUUAAAAAAUCUCAGUGAACCUCUGGCAUUAAGCUUUGGCACUUGGAUGGAGCUGAAGUGCAGCUGAAAUGAUGGAGAGAAAUAAAUGUGGAAGUGGGAUAUGGAAGGAUGCUGAAGAACCUUCUGUUUCAUAUCUCCUCCAUUUAAUAUAAUGUAGAUUUUCAGAUUUCCCUUGGUGCUAUUGCUUAUUGUACUUGUUGAUUGCUUUUUACAUGACUGUGUCUCAAAGUGACUUACAAUGUAAGAAUAGAAAUAGCAAGAAACAUUUAAACCAACUAAAGCAGGAAGACAAAAUGCUCAUUGACAAAUAUUUAUAAACACACAAAACCCACCCCUCUCCUCAAAAGGAUGAGCACAAAAAGAAGCCAAAGGAAUACUUGAUUACCCUCCAAGUUAAGGUAAAAGCCCUGUUCUCGUGUCACCACCCUCUGUACCGGCCUUGGAAGGGGUAAGUGGAGAAGGGUUUCAUACGGCAAAUGCAGGGUCCAUGCUUGUUCACACCGAGAGAAGCAGUCCUUGGGUAGGAAGAUGGGGACACUAACAUAUCAGCUUGCUGCAGAAAGAUGUGGAAGACAGAAAAGUGCAGGACAGGAAACACAUUUGCAUUUCCUGUACCUUCAACAGAAACACUGCUGCCAAGGCCACGCUAACCACCUAGAGUGCACACAGAUUUUGGAAGCACAGAGGUUUAAGAUCGUCAGACAGAUUUUUAGUUGAAAGUGUUCAUUCUUUUCUCAUUGUCCUAAUGUCCUAUUUUACUUUUGUAAUAUUUAUUUCAGAAAUGGAUGAAAUUUCAACGUGAUUUUGAGAAUUUUCGGACAGCCUGCAUACCCUGGGAAAUGAAAAUAAAAGAAAUUGAAAGUAAGUGAGAGAGAAGAAGAAUUAAGUAAUUUUCAUCUUCCUGGGAGACAGGCCUGGAGUUCCCCUCCACUGUUGCAUACCAUUGCUCCUUUCAUUCCAUAGCUUUUAAACAGCAACAAAUACAUUGCAUAUCAAGGAUUGCUGGAAUUUGUAACAUAUAUUUGCAUACGAACCACGCAUAUACGAAUGUAAGCAAUAAUUUACUAUGGUUUUACCAGAUCACAUCAAUAGUAAUACAUGGUUAGGUUUUAGGAGGGGAAAGUGGCAGCCACUGAUUUGUGGUGUGUUAAGCAAGCAUAAAUAUACUGAUUUAUAUCUUAUUUGAAAGGACAAAAAAGGUGAAGAAUGAUUCAUUUGCCCUUUUAUCUUGCUUCAUGUCUUGUAGGUCAUUUUGGCUCUUCUGUUGCCUCCUACUUCAUAUUUUUGCGAUGGAUGUAUGGAAUAAAUAUAAUCCUAUUUGGACUGACUUUUGGUCUUGUCAUGGUGCCUGAGGUGGGGAUAACUACAUUAAUAUGCCCAGCCUGUUUUGCUGUUUCUCUUUAGGCUUAAAUGUCACACAGGAAAAUGGGUUACAGUUAAGACCAGAGCAAACAAUGGGGGACUGGGCAUUUUGGAUAAAAUUGCACUGUCAGGAAGAUCAGAGCUAGACUGACAUUUACAAUCAGUAGGAUUCAAAUGAUGUUAGAGAUCUUUUGUUGUCCUUCAAACGUUUUUUAUCUUGUUAAUUCAUGCAGCAUACGCACUGUCCAUAUUUACCAGAGAUGGUUCCUGUUUUCUGUCUAUAUUUACUAGAGAUGGUUCCCUGGUGAAUCACUUUCUCUGUUUGGUCCCUGCCUUAUGGAGAGGAGAUGCCUUAUGAAAGAGGCAUCCGUCAUUCACCUGCACUAACCACUAGUCCUUUAGCUUUUCCUCCUUCUCCACUUGCCUGCUGUAAUUUCACAAAAACAAUUUAAACAUUAAAAUUAAUAUUAAAAUUAGCAGUUGGAAAACAAGAAAUAGCCUUGAAAGUGAGCUUCCCCAAUGUUUUUUUCAUGCUGAUUUCUUUCUUUGUUUUGGUUGUGUUUACAAUUACAACUCUGACUGACCUACGUGCGAAAACAGGCAUUGAUGGGGAAACCAUAUGGAACUUUACCUAGAAAAACUGUGCCCAGAGCAGAGGAAGCGACGGCAAUGAACUUUGCCACUCUGUGGGAUUUCAGUGUAAGUUGCACUUUGCAAAAGCCUUUCCUUAGGCUUUGUGUUUUGAUGGUGUGAAAUGUUGUUUUCUGUCAGCAGUUCACUGGGCAAAACUACCAAUUUGGGAUGCGUAAUUUAAGUAGGUAAAAUUGAAAAGAUAUAAAUUCAAAUUGUUUUGGGGAAAUGGGAGCAAAUGUGGCACCCCAGAUCCAGUGGGACUUUCUGAUGUCAUGAAAUAAGCUCUUGCAUUGACUUGUCACUGGGAUUUCUGACAUGUACAGUAUGUUAAAAGUGAGCAAGAUGAAGAGUAGCUCAACAUGCAGCUGAAAAACAGUCAUUUUGCUUUAUAUUUUUUAAGUUUACAUGCCAUAUAUAAUAGAUCCCCAAAGGCCACCAUGUUGAGCCAUCACUGAUCAAUUUCAUGAGGUAUAAAAGUACUAUAGGUGGAUUUGCUUCACUGGCGUUGCCCUGUGGGAUUCAUUUGGCCUUUUGUGCUUAGAUGAAAUAACAAACCUGCAAACAGGCAAUGGCAAGAUAGUUAAAGAAAGAUAGAUGAAGGUACUGAAGAAAUGAGCUCCUAGUCAUGUGUUUCACUGCCUUUUCUACCCUUUGGGAUCAAGGAUAUUGUUUGCAGCAGAGCUACUGUUGGAUUUACAGUGAGAGACUUGAUAGCGCAUGUUAAAUUACCGUGGGAACCUCUUGCAGUAGUUUAAGUGCUGUGGGGGAGCCAUUUCCUAUGGGAGACAGGCAAUUGCAAUUCCAGUACAGUGGUGCCUCGCAAGACGAAAUUAAUUCGUUCCGCGAGUCUCUUCGUCUUGCGGUUUUUUGGUCUUGCGAGGCACGGCUAUUAGCGGCUUAGCAGCUAUUAGCGGCUUAGCGGCUAUUAACGGUUUAGCGGCUUAGCGGCUUAGCAGCUAUUAAUGGCUUAGCGGCUUAGCGGCUUUAAGAAAAAGGAAACAAACUCGCAAGAACUCGCAAGACGUUUCGUCUUGCGAAGCAAGCCCAUAGGGAAAUUCGUCUUGCGGAACGACUCAAAAAACGCAAAACCCUUUCAUCUAGCGAGUUUUUCAUCUUGCGAGGCAUUCGUCUUGCGGGGCACCACUGUAAAUACUACAGUAAAUACUUGCUGCAAUCUGCCUUAACUGAAGGGUGGGAAAAACUACCCAGUUGGUUCCUUGGUGUUUGCCCUUGUUGGCAGAUGAAGAGAAUGCAGGCCCCUUUGGUUUUGUUCACAGAAGCACCAUGUAAAACCACACAAUGUGAAGGAUCUGGUCUUAGUCAUGCUUAGGCAAUACCCAGUGAGAGCAACCUGUAGACAUUUUCUUCCCUGAACGAAUUCAGGAGGAAAGAAACACAAGCAGGAAAAAAAAGGGAGGGACAAGAACAGAACAGAACAGAACGUGGAGGGAAAUUCUCUCAUCUGUUCUUCAUGAUUACAGAUAUUGAACUUAGCUGUAAUGCCCAGGAAACAGCCAAAGUCUUGACAGCCAAUUUUCUCCCAUAUACUGUUUUCCUUCAGUGGAAGGAAGUAUAUACCUGAAAAAUGUUGUGUCAAAAUGAAAAAUCCAUAUUGCAGGAGAGAUCUGGGAGCAGGAGCUGGCAGGAAUGUAAUAAUCUGUUUACAGAUCUGCCAUGUAAAAUUCACAUUCUGAUGUAAUCUCGGUCACAUCUGUUCCUCUGUGGAGUAAAAAUGUUUCAUCAAAAUUGGCACCUAAUUGCACAUUAAGCAGAUAUUAAUGGAAGACACACACCAGCAAGAACACCAUAUGGGCAGAGAACCAUGGUUUAAGAUAAAUCUGUAAUGGGAAGAUCUAUGCAUACAUUAUUUUAUUUAUCUCUCCCCCCCCCCCGGCAAUAGUGGCUCCAGCAUACUGUAUUUCAUGCUGCUUCUUAAAAUCAGUGGGAGUUUAAAACACCCUUUGUGAUGAGGGCAGGAUGGGGGGUAGGGGAGGGAUAGAGUGCAAUUUGAAAAAAAGAAUUCAAGAACAUCACACUGCACAUGCUAGUGCAACUCACUGUGCACACACAAGCUCAGGUGUGCAUAUGAGGAGAAUUAUAGCCAUUGCUUCUGAAAUAUUUGCAUUUAUUUAACACAAUUUACACACCACUUUCUCAUCAUAAGGAAGUGGACCUCUAAGUGGACCUUUUAAAAUAUUUACCAGAUAAACCUGUAGUCCCCAUGGAACUGGGCAACCACUCUCCGAGAAACUAGUACCAGCAGCUUCUGGUUGGCUUCAUGGGACAAAGCAGAGUGAUGGGGCUUUGCCCUGGGAACUGCUUCCCCUUCAAUCCAUUGGGUCUCAGGGGAGUCAGAGCUUUGUUGGGAGCUUUCCAGAAGACCUGUAUCCAAGUUUGUUUAAAUAUUGUUUAAAACAUAUACCAGCUUUCACCAUGUAGCUGUCGAAGUGGCUUACAACAAUAAAAUAUAUGGCAUGCAACAGUUAAAACAUAAAAUUCACUUCCAGAAUUUAAACCUCAAGAAUUUCAAAUUGAAAGGAUGUAAAACAUCUAAGACAUUCAGAGUGCAAAGUGCUUCUGAAAUAAACUGUUUUGACAGGCGUCUGAAACAGUAGGAACAGUGCCUGUCUCACUUGUGUACUAAAUUCCAUGGAGAUGAAGAUGGAGGGAUGGAGAGAGGCAGUUGCCUGCGCCCUGCUUGUGUCUUUGAGUCUUGUGUCGAUCUAUCCUGCACCUCCUAGUAGCCCCCCUCGUGGGUUCUUCCCCCACAUGGGGGCAUUGUGAUCUAUUAUGAAGUUCUGUUUAAGAAUGGCACCAUUUCAUUACUGAUGAAAGUAAAAGGACAAAGUUGAACUAUCUUACAUAGACCAUUCCCAAGAGCAAGAUUACAAUAGGAAAAUCCUCUUAAACAUAUGGACCUGCAAUUGAGAUUAACCCCCCACCCCACCACCAACUGAAUGUGAAAACAAUUACGGAAAUUACAUUUGAGAUAAAUUACAUUUACCGUAUUUUUACUAAAGACUUCAAAAAACCAAAAACCUACCAAAAUAAGUUUCAAAAUAACAAAAACCAGACUUAAAUACUAUAAUUUAAUUGAACUGUGAUUUGAUGUAUUACUACUUCCUUUGGGUUUUAAUAUGACUUUAUACUCUUCUGUUUUAAUGCUAACUUUCUAUUGUUGAUAUUUGAUUUUCAUAUGUUGAUAUAUGAUGCUGUGAACAUUGCUUUGACAUUAUUCCAAAAUGAAAGGUGCUCCUCCUUUGAAAUCUUGGCAAAUUAAAGGCAGAGAAUUUUUAAAAGGAAAAGCAAUAAUUCAGAACAAAGAUAAUCUCUUCCUUACACUGCCUACAAAAUAAAUACCAUAAUAAAAGUGAACAUUCUGAGUGUCCGCCUUUAAAUCCCUGUCCUCUUGCCUUAUGAGUUCUUAUCCAAGUGUAUUAGAUGUCAGAAGAGCCACUUCUCUGACAGGAAGUGAAAACACAGACCCAGAGGGAGAACCGUGAAACAGGAGGGAGAAGAAGCAGAGACCAGCGGAACUUGAUGGGAGGCCCAGAGUGAAGGAAUGCAGUGUGGAAGCUGCAAUAAUGACACAACGGAAGAAGGAGAAUUAAGGGGGGGGGCGUUGAAUCACCCAAAACUCGUAGAUUAACUAGGCUAGCUGAAAAACGUGGGAAGGGGAGAAAGAAAGUGGGGGCUUCCUUGUUGGGGACGGAAGAGGAGGGGCCCAGUUUCGGCAACUGGAUCAUCGAGUGAGGACUGAAGGAAUUGAGCUCUGCCAGAGCGUUUGUAAUUGACCAAUAAAUCUGGAAUAAUUAACUGCUGGAGUCGGGGGGGACGGGACGGGGACACCAACCUGACAUGAGAUAGCCUGCUGAGAUGCACCAGGGAAAACAAAGGAAAGACAGGUGGAGGGGUAAAAGAUCCACUGUUUUAGUCUCAGUAGCCCAGGGCCAUAUUAAAUAUGUCUUCGUCUAUAAUGUGCAGUUGUGCUUGUUGGCUUGCUUAGAAAAUGUGCAUCAUGGGUCAUUCCAAGUCAUUUCAAUGAGGUCAUGUCACCCUCUGUCUCGGAUGUUGAUGAAAUUUGGUGUACAUCCAUCCCUUAUGGUUGAAAUAAACCCCCUUAAUUCCCCCCCUCUAUUUUUUCCUGAAAUACUCAUCAUUUUAUUGAGCUCCGUGUAAAAUUUCAAAGAGAUCUGAUUAUUGGUUAUGGAGAGAAAAAAUAAAAUGUACACAAGGGUAUCUUAUGCUGAGGGUCUCAAGAGGGACAGACAACGCAGAUUUAACAAAACUUCAAAGUGCUAUAAAAGUAAAACCGUUUGAGAUAGGGGAAAAAAAUUUAAGGGAUUUCUUUCAACUAUAAGGGAACUAUAAGGGAUUAAUUUCAACUAUCAGGGAAGGGUGUACACCAAAUUUCAUCAAAAUCUGAGAUGGUGGGUGACAUUUGAUGUGGAAUGACCCUCACAUCAAGUGCCAGAGCUAAUAACUGAGAGUAGUCACAGGUGGGUGGGAUGUGUUAGACUUUUAUGUAUAUCAGUGUUUCUAGCUUUUAUUUUGUUUUAGAUUUAUAUUAGUUUUAUUUUUUCUGCUACAUUGUACGUCUCCUUGAAUCUCCAUUUUGUAAAACAAUAUCUAUUUGUCUAAUAUCAAUGACAGAGAGAGAAAUUCAAUUUUAUCAGCAUUUUAAUGUGAAACUAUCUAAUUUGCCAUUCUCAAAUCAAUAUGUGAACUGGAACACAGCUAACUUCACACAUCUCCAAAUAUAUGAAUACAAGAAAGCAUAUAUUAGGCAAAAGUGUGUCUAAAAAUUGACAUAUUAGUGAAAAUAACACAGAGAAUGCAUAAUCUUAGAGGAAAUUGUUUGCAGAAUCCUUUAUAAUUGUCAAAAUUACAUACAAAGGUGUGUUUAUUAGAAUAAAUUUGCACUAAAAUGUGGACAAAUGUUUAUAAAGAUUUUUUUUUAAAUUGCAAACCAGUAGAGAUAUGUGGGGAACUGAAUUUAAAAUGGGAAAAAUGAGAAACUGGGAGAAUUGAAAUUGAUGGGAGAUUCAUCCAUCCCUCGUCACAACAGGCAUAAAUGUAACCCUUUCUUCCCUUAUUACAGUCCUGCUGAAAAUCUCUUCUCUGAAGCUGCAUUGGGAGUCAAUAGAGAUUUCCCUCCUUGGUGUCAGUGGAAAUCCCUUCAGAGGAGGGAUUUUCCUUAGGAUCACAGCUGUGAAGGAAAAGGUGAUGUCCAGAAUUAUCAGUACUGCUAGUUGCAUUUUUUAAAACCUGUAAGUCGAAUGUGAGGGGUCACAUUUUGUUCCCUGCUCAGUCAGAAGAGAAUAGAGGGGAAAGAUCGAGACAGAUAAGCAGAACUUUGUGUGCCUUUUGAGUCCAGGGUAAUAAUGAUUUAGGACAGUGGUGCAAGAGAGACAACAAAGGAUACUGGGCAACCAUGUCUUUCACACACCACCAAUGUUCUGCAAAUAAUUGAACCACGCAAGAGCCCCAUAAUUGCCCCCCAGUGGAGACAAUGUCAGCUCUAAGGAAACUGAGGAAAUGGAUUGAUAGUCAUACCACAAAUCUAGUCAUAUUUACUUGUCAUGUGUUAAUAUUUCAUUUUCACCACAGCCAAGAUUGCAAAUGAGGCUUAGCAGGCAGAGUCUGUGACUUGUCUCGGGCAGCCCAGCCAUCACAAUACAUCAAAUGCAUGGCUUGCGAUUAAAUGAAACAGAAGGAUGUUAGCCUAUUGACAUUUUAAUCUACUAAUGGUUUACUUUUAAGAAAUAACCAGCAGCAAAACAGCAGAAGGGAAGGGAAAUAUAUGCAUGAGGGCUAAGCCUCUCCGCAUUACCACAGUCAAUUAAAACCCUUUCCAAUUGAUCCGCAGGCCGUUGGCAGAUUACAAGGGCACACGCUGAACUCUUGGUGUCUGAUUUGCAUUCAUUAUGGCCAUUUGCAAGCUUUACGGCUAUCUGGCCCACCUCAAGAAGCGGUUUCCAGCAGAGACAGAUGUUUGUUGUAACUAAAAGACUCAAAGAAACCCUUGUCCAGUUGUGUCACUACUUCUUCUCAGCCAUCACCAAACAUUUGCACCCCAUUACUUAAUUUUGGAAAGCAGUAACACUGGGGAGACACCUUUAAUAAAAAAAUAUGUUUUUUUUAAAAAAAAUUUUUGGAAAGCAAUAGUAAUUUCAUUUAGCAAAUCAGAAUAUUUCCUAGGUAUUAUUUAGGUAUUGCUUUUCCAACACAACACAAAGCCCUGGUUUUGAUUUAUAAAGCCCUGCCUGGCCUUUCACAGGCUGCAUCCCCACUUAAGUUCCAUCACAAUAUUUCAGAUGAAAGAGGGUUGAUCUGUUUUAUCCCUUACAUGAAUAAAAUCCAGUGACUGAUUGAUAUAAUGAACUCCCGGGCAUAUGUUGGUUUCUAAUACAGAGGUUAAUCUCCACUUAGGAAAUACUGCAUCUGCUGCCUGUCACAUAUGAAAUGUUGUGUGUAUUUCUUAUACAAGCACCUGGAUGGAUGAUGAGAAAAACAUUUGUGCUGUGUUCAAUAUGCUUUACAACCUACUCCAUCUUAAGGACAUAAGGAGAGCCUAUUGGAUCAGGCCAGUGGCGUAUCUAGUCCAGCCUCCUGUUCUCACAGAGGCCAACAAGAUGCUUGUGGGAAACCCACAAGCAGAAGCUGCGCAGCUGAGCACUCAGCCCUCCUGCAUUUCCCAGCAAGUGGUAUUCAGAAGCAUGAUGGCUUCUGACCGCAGAGGCAGAGCUGAGCCAGCAUGGCCAGGAGUCACUUUUUCUCCAUGUUGGUUGGCCAUCGCUGUGUCCUGUGGGAGCAAGUUCCAUCGUUUAGCUCUGCUCUGCGCGAAGAAGAACUUUUUAAUCUUCCAACAUUCAGCUUCAUUUGGUGUCCACGAGUUCUAGUGUUAUGAGAGGGAGAAAAGCCUGUCUUGGUCCACUUUCUCCAUGCUGGCCGUAAUCUUUGAGACUUCAUCCAUGUCACCUCUUACCUUUUCCCUAAACUGCUCAUAGGGCAGAUGCUUCGUCCCCUUGAUUAUUCUGCUUGCCCUUUUCUGAACUCUGUUAUAUCUUUUUUGAGGUGAGACCAUUUCUUGUGUGUUUUGAAUCCCCCCCCCAAAAUAUUUCUAUUUUGAUGGCAACCUCAGGAGUUGGCUAGAAGUUGUGUUUGGGGAUUUGGGCAGAAGGUGGCUGCCAUCUACUCACUAGCUCUACAUGCCACCCUUUCCCCUUGUAUCUUUCCUCUCUCCUGUGUCAGCUUCUUGGACCCCAACUCAAUGCAUGAGUCAAAUUAGUUCAGUUUAAAAGUAUCCCUGUGGCUUAAGUUGCAUUUGUUGUUGCUUGAAGUUAGAGGAAGAUAUCUAAAUUGUUCUUUGUCGUUGACAUUUCAGGGUCUUGCACAGUAUUCUGUCCUCUUCUAUGGCUAUUACAAUAACCAGAGAACAAUCGGGUGGUUGAAGUUCCGGCUGCCUCUCUCCUACUUUUUGGUGGGAGUUGGGUCCAUCGGUUACAGUUUCAUGGUUGUCAUCCGCACGUAAGUUUCUUCUGAUGUUGAUGAAAUAAAGGAUGGGAUAUAUAUUCACAGACUGAUCUGUAUUUCUACUUAGUAUUUAUUGCAGUCAUACCCUGCUUGUCUUCCAAGAUGCUCGAGGCAGCAGGCAUGAUUGUCCUUACCUUGUUUCACAAAACCUUGUGAGGUACCGUAGGUUAGCUUGGGAAAUUGUGACCAGUUCAAGGUUGCCCAGUAAUCUGCACAGCUGAGUGGAGAUUUGAGCAGAGACUCUGCAACCUAGUCCCGUAUACUAACCACUGCACCGCUCAGACUCUCUCCUUCUUCUCUCAUCCUUGAUGCUCUUGGCAUUUAGCACUUGCUGAAAAGCUAAAUGCAUAAAAUCAAUUCCAGACGAGGUUCCCUUUCCAUCCUGCCCCCUCUUAGUACAGAUCCCACCAAAUCUCUAAAAAUUAAAAUUAAAAUUAAUCCAUUUCCCAUUGUCAGCUUAAGUCCAGUUGCUGUAUGACAAUCUAAAUGGAAGGUUGGGGUGUGGGGAGGGAAAGGAUGUUUCUCUUGAAUUUGAUUGUAUUGAAUCCCAGGUUCAGCACCUUCAACAGCAGGAUUAAUGAAUGUAGCGUUUGGGGUGUGGGGAGAAGGUGAGCAGGAAAUCCUGAACUACUUUACUGUUAUUUAACAUUUUACAGCAAAUGUUUAUUUUAUUACUCACUUUGGAACACAUUACAGUCUGGCAGAGGUGUCCUAAACUAAAAUAGCAUCACAUUUUCUGUACAGUUAAGAUGCGUGAAACAAAUGUGUAACAAAGGGAGUUUCUUUUUUUGUAAAGUGUUCCAUCUAGCAUAGUGCUAAGUAACACUCAGAAAUUACAAUCAUUCUUCCUUAUCUGGCCUUGCGGGCUGGAGAUGGUGGGGAGAAGAGAACAGGAACAUAUGGUUAGGAAUCCAAACAUGGAAUAAAUUGUAAAUGGUUGUUCACAAGAUUGCAGUGGUUUUUGUGGCCAUUGCUACUAACUGUGAAACUUGAAAGCCUCCUCUUUGCUGGUGCUUUCUCUUAGAGAAUCCCACACAGAGCUUGGCUCCACCAUUGCCUUCCAGUUUCAGGGCCAGCCCAACCUUUGGUGAUGCUGAGAGACAGGGAGGGAACUUGCUGUGCGCCAUGCAGACUGCCCUCCAUUCCCUAAAUUAGCCUGCUGCUCUCAGGCCCUUUGAUAAGAUACCAUUCCUUUACCAGUGUUGAACUAAGACUCGAGUGCCUGUCUGGUUAGCUUUUGUAUAUGGAAUAGGGGUAGGGUGCCAUCUUGCCCUUUGCCUCAGGAAGCAAAUACCUUGGGCUGGCUGGCCCUCUCUUUUCUUUGCACCAGCCUCCUGCUGCAUUCAGUGCCCCAGUCUAGGACACCUUCCCUGAAUAUAUCAGCUGUAAUGAAGAUGCUGCAGGUGCAGGUUUCCGCGUUCACUUCAGGCAUGAUAAGAAGAAGGGAUAUAGCAAAGGAGCCCAUCUUUUGCAUGUGAAGGGUCCCAGGUUCAGACCCUGGCACCCCCUGGCAGGGUGAGGGAAAGGUCAGUCAGUUAGCUGACUGGUAAUUCAUUAAAGGAUGUCACACCCUCCCCACUGUUUAAUGCUCAAAUCAAGGUGGGCGCAACUCUUCCUUACACACUGACUCAGGGAGUGGGAUCGCACUGGCUGGCCGCACACCCUGUCAGUCCCAUAUUAUGUUUCUGUGAAAAUGGGCUCUACAUGCGUAGGGCUCCUCAAUGAGAAGAGCACUCGUGAUUGGCCCAGGAUUCCCCUUCAUGUGAGCGAGCCCCAAAUGCAUGCACCCCCAUUGACACGCAUAGGGUCCAUCCUCAAUGAGGCUGAGCAGUGCAGCAGAACCAGUUGUGCUGCCCUAAAUCUGCCUCUGGCAGAUUCCUCUUUGUUCCAUGGUCUGCAUGGCCAGGAUACAGCCCACUGUGCAAAUGUGAGAAUCAGACCAGUUACCCCACUCUCCUUUGUCUCUAACCCAACUCCCACUAGUCUGCAGCUUGGGGAAGCUUCCCCACAAGAGAGUGCUGCCUUUGGACUGAAAAAUGUUGCCCACCCCCAUUCUAAACUCUUGAAAAAAGCCAUUUAUUUUAGUCUCUUCACUCCCAGAGUAUGCUUGAUUAAGGUACAAAAGAUUUCACUUCAGAAGUUACCAUUUUGUUUUAACCCAGUUAAGAGGGAGCCAUUAAAAAUAUUUCUUUGAUACUGUAUUUGUGAAAAAUCUUCCUACUGAAUCCUCUCAGGGAAUUAUAGCUGAGUAGCUGCCAGCCACCCACUGGGCUUCUCCCCACCACCAAAAAAUCCUUGCAGCACAAUCCCUGGAGGCAAAACAAAAGGAACACCCUGGGGUGAACAUGCAGUGUAUGUGUUAAAUUUCCAUCUGGCCACGAGAUAAUCUUGAUCUAUAUUUAGGUAACCUUAAGAGCAAAUCCUCUUAUAUUCUUUGGCUUGUUGAUGAUUUCACAGAAAACAAUAUGAUAAGUGCAAAAUCCAACUGUAACUGUGAGCUUUUUGUUUGCUUGGCUCUUUUUCUGGUAGUACCUAGAAAGGCAUAACAACUGGGGAGAGAAAAGGGAGAAUGAAAUUGGUAUGACAUUUACAGAAAUUAUCAAAGUACAAAUCAGCCAUCAAUAUUCCCAUCAGUCCAUUUUUUAGCUCUUUGACCGAGAUACCUGCUGGUCUUAAGGGUCCCUCAGUCAUCCUUUUUAUUGUGCAUUCUUGAUUAUUUGUGUUCAUGAUGCUCUGUGGGCAGUCAUAUGCUUUCAAUUCCAUCCGUGGGUGGCCAUACAGCUUCAUUCUGAGUCAGCACAUAUCCUGUAACUUCCUGCUAAAAUUAACUUUUCAUAAAUGCUCUCGGGUUUGUUUGGUUUUCUGUCCCACUUUUGUUGUGCUAUUGCCCCUCUGGACAGCAGCAGUGUGCUAUAGCAACUGGCAACUAAUAAGGCAAAAUAAACCCACAAUGAAUGUGCUAUUAAUUGUGUGAAGAAUGUGUUGUAGAAUACACCCACAAAAAUACACCAAUCUGGAGGACCCUAACUGUGGCAAUGCAUAAAGUCACAUUUUGGAGCACCAUUUUCUCCUCCACAAUUUCAGUGAAUUUCAAUGAUGUCUGAACAGGAACGCCGCUUGGUGUUGCAAACAAACACAGAGAAGGGCCACAGGCCAUGCUGUUCGGUCCAGUGAAUCCCAGAGGGACCAUAGCUCAGUGGAAGAGACUCUGCUUUGCAUGCAAAAAGUCCCACAGCCCUUGCGACUCCAGUUAAGUGGAUCAGGUAGCAGGUGAUGAGAAAGACCUUUGCCAGAGGUGCUCACUCUGAUGUAAAACAGAUUCCUAAGUUCCUUAAUAGAGACGUAGGUCCCACUUUAUUCAGUGUGGAUCACUCUCCAGAAAAUGAGCAUUGGAUUGCAACUAAUAAUUAUUUAACCUGCAGAUUAUGCAAUUAAAGCUUCUUUUUUUAAUGGUGUGACGUAUGUUCGUUAAAUUGUAAGUUAUACUUCCUCAGUUUCUUAAAGGAGCACCUGUAUAUUGAGAUUCUGGCAAUAUGCAAAUUUAAUUAAACUUGAUUGAGUAAACAAUUAGUCAGAAGCAGAUGACCAAUAAUCAACUAAAAUGUUUAAAUCAGUUGACAGCCCUUAUAAAAUAAAGCGAGAUUUACCCCACCCCACCCUCCUGAGAUUUUCUGAGGACUGUUUCACACAUUGGUUUGCAUCCAGAGCUGAGAUCCGCAGAGUCCCAGGGGCACCAGAGGAAGGAGGCGCUGCUCUCAGGGAGUCCUCCUUUCCCUGCAGCCCUCUGAAAGGCCACUCGGGGGGGGGGGGGCUCAGCAUUUCCUGAACAGGGGGGAGGUCGCACUGGCAAUGGGAGUGGGGGGGUUUCUUCCAUUGGAGUGACUUUGCUGAAUCUCAGAUCCGUCUGUGAUGGGGGAGGAGCAACUCUAGGCCCAACCCAUUACAUUUUUAGCAUGUUAAAAAAUACCCCCCCCCUUUCAGAAUGGCAAAGAAUGCCCAUGACGAUGGUGGUGGAGAUGAUAACAGUUUUAACUUCAGCUGGAAAAUGUUCACGAGCUGGGAUUACUUGAUUGGCAAUCCUGAAACAGCAGAUAACAAAUUUGCAUCAAUAACAACUAGCUUUAAGGUAAUGUAUAAAGUCUGGUCUCAGGUAUGAAUGUCACUGAGGUUCAUAUAGUCGUUGCAGACAGAAAGUACCACUUUCAAUCCCUGGCAUCUCCAGAUAGGGCUGGAAAUGUCUCCUGCUGUCAGUCAGUGUAGACAAUACUGGGGUAGAUUGCUGCAUCUCUGACCCAGGGAGGGAGGUUGGUUUCCUGAAAAAAGGAGGGGAAAAAGACUGAAAGGCCUUGGAAGAGAUCUAUGAGGCCUGGUGAAUGAGAAGAUCCUUGUCAACAGCCUGUAAACAAAGGUGGUUCUUGGAUUCUUACUACACAAACUGAUUCUGAGGGAAGAGUCCCGGAAAAAGGAGGCCUGGCAUAUUCCUGCAGCUGUGGAAGCUGACCACUGAACUGGCAAACGCAGACGCCUGAGCUGGUUGGCUUUCAGCCCAGUUUUGUUGUGCCACAAGAUAGUUGGUUGCAAGUUUCUUUGCUUACAUAUCCCAUUAAACACCUUGCUGCUGUUAGUCACGCAUCAGGGUCAAACAACGUGUUAUGCAUAAUGUGUAAAGUGAGGCACAUCUCUUGUUUUUUAAAAAUUAAUUCUAGCCCUGUGAGACACCAAUUGCUAUGUGGAUUGCAGCAGUCUUGGAGGGGAGAUUUAUCCCUAUCUGUCCCACUCCAGCCAUGACUCCCUGUUCCUUGUUUCAGCCAGCCAGCCUCUGAAGGAUAAAGGACACGGAGGAAAGCCGUGUCCCUUAUGAAUGGAGUGAGUGGUCAGGCUUAUACUGGCAGAGACGGAUCUUCAAAUAGUCUGCAUUCAUGGACAACCUGUUGACCUCCAGAUGGUUUGAACAGUUCUGCUGGCUGGGGCUGAUGAGAGUUUAGUCCAGGCACCAGGCCGGCGGUGGCUAAUUUAGGCGAAUGCUAUUAUACUUCUUGGUAUCAUGAAUACUGAUGAAUGUUUUUCUUGUUUGUUUGUACCAAAUACAGGAAGCAAUUGUGGAGGAGCAAGAGAGCCGGAAGGAAGAGAACGUCCACUUGACCCGAUUCCUGAGGGUUCUCGCUAAUUUCUUUGCCUUUUGCACACUAGCUGGGAGUGGCUACCUCAUCUACUUUGUUGUGAGGCGAUCCCAACAAUUUGCUUUGGAAGGCCUUGAGAACUAUGGCUGGUGGGAGAGGAAUGAAGUUCGUACCAGCAUGUUUUGUUUUCUAAAACAGAUGUAUGUAGGAAGGCUGGGUUGUCUUUACCAAGCAGGGUGAUGUAGGGCAGGGUGAGGGAUCCUGGCCCCCUUGUUGAGAGCCACACUCCCUCAGGAGUCAUCUGGACUCAGGGCUGCGUGCUAGUGGUGGGCUGGAACAGUGGUUAGGGAGCCUUUUCUCUCUCUAUCACUCAGCACCACCACUUUGCUGCUUGAGGUGGAGUACAAGGUGAAAGCUGCUCCCACUUCCACAUACAAAAAGUGACCAUACUUGCAGUUGAAUCUUGUGUCAACACUGGACAGCAUAUUCUCCUCUGUAAACCAGCAAACCCAACUCUGUCCUCCAAUAUCUUGCCAUCACUUUGCGUCUCACAGCAUCUGCUGCUUCAGACGCCUCACUCUGCCUAAUGAUCGGACUGGCUGUCACCGUCUUUUCUUCCCUUUUCUGCUAUCUCUUUUCUCUCUUUCUCUUUGUACAGAAAUUGCAUUGUGCUUUCUCUCUCCCUCCUUCCCAUAAUGGAUGGCAAAAGCAGUUUAUGUGAUUGUGAAAUAUUCAGAUUUAUGAAUAAGGCAACGAAGUACAGGAGGCACCUAAGAGAAACACAUGAACAUAAAGUAUACAUAAGAAUUAUACAUAAAAAUAAAAACUUGAGCUAUGCAAUAAAUAAAAAACACAUAAAAAACAGAAUCUUAAAUCUUGAGGGAGUUUAUGAUAUGGCAUCACAUAGGGUUUGCUCUUUCCAAAAACAUCCUAUUCACUUAAUGGGCAAAUGCAAGCCCAUUUGGAUCCUGGCCAGUAUUGGAUCUACUCACUCUUUAACUGGCAGGACAACAUCUGCUAGGAUUAAAACUGUUGAGGCUCUUUUGUUCUUCUUACCUUGCAAAUAAGAAAGAAGACGAAACGAUUUCCGACUAUAUCACUUUUGGUCUGAUAGCUUCCAUUCAGUCGGAUUUCCUUACAAUGUAAGACUUACGUUCUCUUCCUCUUCGCUUCUCCGUUUCCCAUUGUUACAUGUUUUACUUUAUAUAUUAGUCUGACAUCAUUCUUAUAGUGUAACAGGAAACACAGUCAGCUUGUCUGAGUAGAGGACAAGGGAACUGCAGAUUCAGCCUUAAGGAACUACAUUACGUAGUUGAUGUAGCUUGAAAUGCCCUCACAGCUGAACAAGAAGCCUGCCAAAGUCUACAAGGAUACUAACAGUCCAUAGCUUUCUUAAAGUGGAUAUGUGAUAGCAAAUAAAAAAGAUUAAGAUACAUAUUGUUUCUUGUAUCAAAAUGGUCAUGAAAGCCUAGGUUGCACAUCAUAAAAUAGCUGACAAGUUUUAAAAAAUAUUUCCUGUUAUUGUAAAUCACAUUCUUUUGCAAUAAAUCAGAAAAUGAAAUAAGACUUGCGGAAUGAAUUCUAUGUUAAGACAUAAAGAGCUAUACCUGACUAACUCAUACUCAGAAUUGACUCAUUGCAAUCAAUGGGCUUGAGCUAGUUGACUAACUGAAGUCCAUUGAUUUCAGUAGGCAUACUCUGAGUAUGACAUAAUCAGGUACAGUCUAGUACCGUAUAUUGUAUAUAAAAAAAAUAAAGCUGCCAUUUCAUUUGAAGCUGAAGAAACCCAUAAUGAUCUCUUCUCUAUCAGACCACACAGAAUGGUUUUACAAUGAUGAGAUGACAUUGAUUUUAUUGGUGUAACCAAACAGUUCACGCAGUGAAGUUGAGAGGGAAAAUCAGGUUUAAAAUAUCAUUAGCAAUGAUGUUGAAGGCAAAGUUCUCAGCACAUCUAAGGGAGAGAAAUCUCCAUAGCAUUGACCAUAAUUAGAAUCAUAGAAUCAUAGAAUCAUAGAGUUGGAAGAGACCACAAGGGCCAUCAAGUCCAACCCCCUGCCAAGCAGGAAACACCAUAAUAAUUACUAAUAAUUACUUAGCAGUAUUAUUUGUUUGCUGGUUUCCAGCAGGAGGUGUUUCAGUUCAAACAACAGAAAGACACGAUGGAUGCCAGUCAAAUAUUUAAUUCUGCUUGCAGACACACUGAAGCUGUGGCAAAUCAUUUUGCUUCAUAGGGUGGUGCUAGGGUCUGCUUUUGAAAGCAUCAGACUCUUUCUUUGUGAGAAAAUGUAUUCCCAGUUACAAGUCUGAGGAAAUCUGUAUAUCAUUGAUUGGUUGCAUUAGGAAUAUAAAAGGGCCAUAAGAUGCCCUAACAGCUGAGCCAAAAUAUCUACUUAGUUUUGGGAUUUCUGUUACCAUUACUGAAAAACAGUAUGUUUUUCCAUGUGGUUUAAAGUGCUGCCCUCCACAUUUUGCCCUGGGCAGUAAAAGGCAGCUGUGGAAAAGUCCUGAUGGACUUUUGAAGUGCUGCGCUGCCCCAGAUGUUGCCUGCAUGCACAACUUAGGGAAGUUCAUGACUCUUGGGGGCCUGACCACAGAGGGAACCCACGGGGCAUAAGGUAGGCAGCUUUAAUUCAGGCCUGUACUCAUCUGGAACCAAGACAGCUCCAGUUUUCUGUCUCAUGUUCACUGACAAGUGGACACCAAGGGAGUGUGCAGCCCCUGGUAUAGAAAGGGCCGGUCCCUCAGAAGUAUCUUUGUGGGGGGCUCUCUUUAGAGGUCUCAGUUAGAGGAACCAAAAGGCUCCAGUUUGGGAUGACCACUCCUGCAGAUUCUGGUGGGUUACUUCUCCUCUUAGCUGCUUCUCAGAGGGUCAUUAUGACAUUAGAUGCAGUUCCUGCAUUUUAGCAAGCAAAUGGUAUGAGGCACCCACAGCUCGGCCUGCUUCACAGGAGUGAUGUUCUAGAAAAUAUUUUAGUGUCAUAAGAAUUGGAAGUGACGUCAAAGGUCAUCUAGCCCAACUCCCCGCACCUGCCAGUUCAGGGAAAUUGACGGCUACAGCUCCCUGAGAGGUGGUUCUCCAGCCUCUGAUUAAGGACAGUCCAUUGCCUCCUCCUACUAAACAGCUUACACCAUCAGGAUGCUCUUCCUAAGCUUUAGUUGAAAUCCCCAUCUUCUAAUUUUAGCAGUGUUUUUUAUUAUUAUUAAGGGUAUUGUUUGUAUUAGGUGUUUUAUUGUAAGCUGCCAUGGUUUAUUUAAAAAUUAAACAUUGUAAAUGCAAAAUAGCCCAAUAAAAAAUAAAAUUGCAGCAAAUUCAGAUAAUGCGGCAGGAUUUUUCAAUUUGUUAUGAAAUGUAUAGCUGACAUCCUGAGUUAUUCAGCAACUGAUCAUUUUGAACUCAAUAGUAAAUUGCAAUAAAUAACAAAAUAGCCCAUUCAUCUGAUUGUUCAGCUAAUUAUAUAAAAACGAAAAUAUGUUUCCAUGAAAGAAAACUUUUAUUCUUGCUUUCUGCAGCGAAGAUGUUAGAUUACCAUCAUGGCACAAACAAUGGGUAGCCAAGCCAUGAUUUAUAUGCACUAAACUGUUAAUUCUUAAUGAAAGUAUAAUUUUAAUAGCAAGCAGUCAAGAUUAAACAUUCUUUAUGGUGCUGUCAUGCCACGGAAUACUUAACACUAGAGUUUAGAUUUGGCUGUAAUCUCAGCCUUGUUUACUGAAAAUCAUAAUACCACACAGAAGCUGGGGAAACACAGCUGCUUUCUAGACAAUAAUUUUGCAGGCUUCACAAUCUGGUGCUAAAGGUUACUCUUUGAUGACAGUUAAUCAUUCUCUCAGCUGUAUUUUCUUGUUACUAGUUUGUUGCUACUAGGAACUAGAGGUCUGAUGAAUGGAAUGAAUAAUAAUAUUAAUAAUAAAUUUUAUUUAUAUCCCGCCCUCCCCAGCCGAAGCCGGGCUCAGGGCGGCUAACAACAAUAAAACAGUACAAAAGUUUGCAUUUAUUAAUUUAUUAAUCACAGCUACACAAUUAGAUUCUUUUAUUUACUUACACUAUUUUACUUACACUCUGGGGCACUUACAACAAGAAGACAUAAAAAUAUAAUAACUAUCAAUAAAUCAAUAAAAAAGCAAAUUAUAUAUGUGUGUGGGGGGGCAGCAGGCACACUGUACAACACAGUAUUACUAAGAGCAGAUCUAAAAUUCCAUAUAUCAGUGUGUGCACAUCCAAAAAGCCUUGGAAAAUAAGAAAAGGUCUUUAGCUGGUGCUGAAAAGAAUAUAAGUAUGUGGACACACAUACUGUCCCAUUUCCUGUUCUGUGCAGACCAAGGAUGCCAUGAUCUGUCAAUUGCAAUUCGCUCAGUUUCUCAUUCUCCUGUCUUAAAUUCAGUUCUAUAAUCUACUGCAGCAUCUGCAGUUUUUUUAAUCAUCAUGAAUUUUUUUUUAUCAUUUUACUGUGAAUUUCACUCAAUAUGUGGUUUUGACUAAUGUACAGAUUUUUGCAAGCAAUUUCUCUUAGUGCAUUUUUGUAUGUUAUUUUCACUAAUAUAUUCAUUUUUAUGCACAUUUUGCUGUGAUGUUAUGCAUCUUUGUAAACAUUGUUUGUAUGGAGAAUUACAUCGCAAAAAACCGGGAAAUGAUGUAAGAAGCUUUUAAAUCUACUUUAAAACAAAAACAAGGUUUGGCGAUCCACUUUCUUUGUAUACUAGGUGUACUAAAGCGAUGCCUCUCAGGUUAUAGACUGGAACUCCCAUCAUGUCUGCCCAUGGACUCUGCUGGCUGCAGCUGAUGGGAGUUGGAGAACUGAUGCAAAACAUCAGUGCUGAAGGGCCCCAUGUUGGCUGCCUAUGUACUAAAACUGCUAGUAGUAGAGCACAGGUAAACCUUUUAAACUUGUUUCUCCCCUCCCUCCCCAGGUAAACAUGGUCAUGUCCCUCUUGGGAAUGUUCUGUCCCACUGUAUUUGAUGUCAUCAGUGCUCUGGAAAACUAUCACCCUCGAAUCGCUCUCCGGUGGCAGCUGGGGCGCAUCUUUGCUCUCUUCCUGGGCAACCUGUACACAUUUAUUAUUGCUCUCAUGGAUGAAAUCAAUCUUAAGGCAAGUUGGCUAAUUUUUACAUGUCCUGUUUAUUUGCAGCUUUCUAGAAGAAGGUUCCAGUUUGAAGUCUUGAGCUCCAGAAGGUUACAAAGAUAUACUUCUAGAUUCCAGUCCAACUAAAUUAGUCACAAAUAAGUCCAAUGGAAAUCAAGAGAACAAGUGAGCUUCCCUUGGAAUUAACCAUGACUAACAUUAGCUGGCUUGGGGACAUGGAGUUUGAUUCAGAGUAUCCCUUCUGUCAGUAAAGGUAAAGGACCCCUGGACAGUUAACUCCAGUCAAAGGCAACUGUGGGGUGCCGUGCUCAUCUCUCUUUUUGGGCCGAGGAAGCUGGCAUUUGUCAACAGGCAGCUUUCCAGGUCAUGUGGCCAGCAUGACUAAACCGCUUCUGGUGUAGUUGAAGGGGCCAAAACCCAUGGGAGGAAAGGACUGGUGGGUUUUGCUGGUUCACCUGCCCACACUGUCCUGGAGGGUCUCCCACCCUUUUCAGGGAACUGGGAGCAGGAAGGGCAAGGCUCAGUUGGUGAAAAUCACCUCCCCGCCUUCCUCUAAAGUAUUUAGCUAUUUCUGUGUGGCUAAAAUGGAAAGGCUACGGGGGGGGGGGGUAGUAGUAGUAACAACAACAACCACCAUAGUGCAUUUAUAUAGUGUAGAUCAGGGCAGUCCAACAUUUCAUACCAAGUGGGCCGCAAGAGUGUGUGUGUGUAUAUUAUAUAUAUAUAUAUAUAUAUAUAUAUAUAUAUAUAUAUAUAUAUAUAUAACACUAGAGGUUUUCAACCUUUCUGAGUUCAUGGCUCCCUUGACCAACUACAUUCUUUCUGCGGCUCCUUUGUGGGGCUCAGGAGCCCAGUUAGGUCCCCCCUUGCCUGCAGAGCUGGCAGCCCCUCAGCCCUUUUUGAACAGCUUCCCUCAGCCUCCCCUCCUCUUCCUUCUCCUUGGGAGCCCCAAAGAGCGGUGCCUCCCAGAGGCAACAUUCGCCUGCGGAAGUUAUGGCCAGGGCUGCUGCAAUAAACAGCUGUGCAAGCCUUUGGGAGGCAGAGAUGCAAGAGGGCUUCAGAGGAAGGAGGGAAGGAAAGAGGGACACCCCUGCAGCAUCCCUGACCAUCCUUCAGGGCACCCUAGGGUGCCACGGCACACUGGUUGAAAACCACUGUAUUACACAAUUAAUAAUGUAUGUGCUUCUGUUAACAACACACGAGACCAAAAAAAUAUUUUGUAAGUGUUUAAGAUGUUUCUUCUUGUAUGUUGCGUAGGGUUGCCAAAAAUGGUCUUACGGGCCAGACCACCUUGGUGUUGAUGCUUCAGGCACAUUAUCUCAUUGGUUCUUACAACACCCCUGUAAGGUUGUGGUGAAUACUGUUAUUUCUGUCAUAAGUCAGUCUAAGCAAAAGUGGCUUGCUUAAGGCCACCUACUGGGUUCAUUGGAGAAAUGAUCUCUAACGAUUGACACUAAUUAGCUACUGAGCCAAAAGCCCUAAACAACUUGGGACCAGGAUAUCUAGUUGUUUGUCUCCUCCAGUCAAGACCAAGCCAAUCUUGAAUGCCUUCCAAGGAGAUCUAGUUGGUCAUUCCAGGACCAGUGAAUUGCCCUGGCUGUUCCUGGCAACAGCAUGGAAGUGGGUAUUCCCAGGAAUGCCCUCCCUUGGGUGGUUUGUGAGGCGGAGUCAGCAAUGACUUUGAAAUGCAUCUUAAAGACCUCUGUGUUUACCCAGCCAUUCCUGGAAUCUGACUCUUAGUUUUUAAUUAUGUUUUAUACACUGUUUCAAUAUAUAGUUGUGUUCCAUUUUAUUUCACUUUUAUGAAAUAUUAUUGUCUGUUGUUAUAUUUUUAUUGUCUUUAUGUAAACCACAUAGAGAUUUUUAUUAUAUUAAGUGGCAUAAAUUUUUAAUAAAUAAUGAUCUAAACAUUGGACUCUCUGGUUUCUAGCCAGGUCUGUAGCCACCGCAUUCCCCCCUACCCCUCGCUGCAGCCUCUGUGUAAUUUGAUUUGUGCUAUUGAAAAACAUCUCCUUUUUCCCAGCUGGAAGAAGAGAAGAUUGUGAGGCAGAACAUGACAAUUUGGCUAACCAACUUGUACAACGGGACCCUCCCUGAAAACGUCACUGGCCCUCCCCCCCACGUGAGCCUUGCGGAUGUCCCGAGGGGCCCCUGCUGGGAAACAAUGGUUGGUCAGGUAAAGCCAUUUUGGAAAAAACAACAACACCCAAAGCUUUUUUAACGAUGCUUGCUUGCUGAUACUCACAAGAGUAUUCAUUCUUAAUGCAUUCUGGCCUCACAGACUUAACUUUCAGCCCGGAAUCUUUACAAAUGUCAAGAGAAGGAGGAAGGAUAUUUUGUUGCUUUGAUUCCAAGUCCUGGCCCCAAGAAAUAGGCGUGGAUGAACCCAUAUUUCUGGGAUCAUCAGCCUCCUCCUAGUCUGGGGUGGGGUGGAAAUCGCAGCUCACUCUAAUAGAGGGGAUCUAUGGUUCGAAAUUUGGGGUCUGCAACGAGACUGCUCUGGUGUUUUGGCAGUGUUACUAAAUCACUGAGUCAUGAAAGUCUUCCUGACUUGAAUUACAAUCCUCCUCGUCCAGCCAAAUCCCUGAUCUCUACCUUAGCUGUGAUUGAAGUAGUGUCAGGGGGCAGCAACACAAACCACAAACUUAAGGGAAACCCAGUAUAUGGAGACAUGCCCUCCUGUGGAUGGAUUAUUUGGUUUGGCCAGAGGAGGCCUAGUCUAUAAUUCCGUCUCAACCUUUACUGCAUGGUCUUAAACAAGUCAUGAUAUCACAGCUGGGCUAUCUCCCAGGAUGCAUCAAAAUCUUUUUACCAUGAAAUAUACAAUAUGAAUAUAUGAGAAACAAAACCCUGACCUCUUUCCUAGUUGUUUAGAGCAGAUUGAGAAUGAAUGACUGGGAACAUCCACUUAAGUCUUCACAAUGGUGAAAGGGAUUCCAUUUAAUAGUGUGCCUGAGCUAGGUAGCAUAUUUGGAUAUAUUCACACAGUAAAAUUAGCCAAGGAUGUGCAUUUUUCCUUCUGUAUCAGAAUUUGGUAUUUUAUAUUUUUCAAUUUUUAAAAUUAUUAUUGUACAGUGGUACCUCAGGUUAAGUACAUAAUUCGUUCCGGAGGUCCGUACUUAACCUGAAACUGUUCUUAACCUGAAGCACCACUUUAGCUAAUGGGGCCUCCUGCUGCUGCUGUGCCGCCGGAGCCCGAUUUCUGUUCUCAUGCUGAAGCAAAGUUCUUAACCUGAAGCACUAUUUCUGGGUUAGCGGAGUCUGUAACCUGAAGCGUAUGUAACCUGAGAUACCACUGUAUUGUUAUUCUUACUGUACCCCACCCUGGGAUUAUUUUUUUGCAAAGUGUGGGUAGUAAUUUUUAAAAAAAUAAACAAUCACAAGCAAACAGGCGAUAUUCCCAUAUUGUGUAUGCACCAUACAUUUAAAGCAUGUUCCAAGGAAUACUGGGAACUGUGGUUCGUCAAGGGUGCUGGGAAUUGUAGCUCUGUGAGAGUGUAAGCUACAGUUCCCAGGAUUCAAUGGGGGGGGGAGAGAAAUAUGAUGUAAAUGUGCAUUAAAAUGUAUGGUGUGUAAUCAGUCUCUCUCUACACAUGGAUUGCACUUUCUUCCCUAAGCAACCAAGAGCUUUGUGGCACCGUUAAAGUGCACAAGCCUGUUGUUUUUGCUGCAUCAGACUAACAUAGCUGGCCCCCUGGAAAUUCUUUUCUGCACAUGACUAUUCAUUUAAUAAAUUAUUUCCCCUCUGGAAAAAGUGGGCAAAGGACCCGGGGAAUGCUCUGAAUACUGUAUUUCUGAAAUUUUACAGAGGGGCAAAAGGUGUCUGGGAGGCAAUGGGCAAGAUGAUUCAAGAUGAGUCUGCUGACAUAACACUUUAGGACAGCAUCCUGCUCCCCAUUUAGCAUGCGUGCACAAUGUAAGAGUCCUCUAAGUUUCUUGUAAAGUAUUCCAAUGGCCCAUUUCAAACAGCAGGAGUGAAUGGCAGGAGGAUAAGCAGCGUAGCUUCCUUGGCGUUUGCCAAACGCUCUCAAUAAAGAAACAAUCCGACCCUUAGCUUCUAAAAAAGAAAACCUUGUUUCUGCAGGAAUUUGUGCGGCUGACGGUCUCUGACACUGUGACGACCUACAUCACAAUUUUAAUUGGUGAUUUCCUAAAAGCUGUCUUUGUCAGGUUUUUCAAUUACUGCUGGUGCUGGGACUUGGAAUAUGGCUUUGUGAGUAUUUGACUUCUUGCUCCUCCUUUAAAAAAUGAAUUCUUUCUGAAAUAAUAACAAUAAUAUAAUGUAAAUGUUUCAGUACUUGACACUGUACUAUGCUGUAUUAUACUAUACUAGCAGUCCUACACGAUACUGUUGAAUUUAUGGAGAAUAUAUGGGAAAUGCCUGGUUGAACAAACUACCAUAAACUAUCAUUAGAAACGUAAUGCUGAUAAUGCCUUGUCAAUCUUAUCUUUGCCUGAAGAGCUGCAUCUACAGAGUCCACUCCCAAGAAAGAUUUUGCAUUUAUUUUUCAUAAGGAAAAGGAACUCGGGGAUGCCAUGGUGAAUGAGACUGAGGUUCACCAAGUCCAGGAUUCUGUGGUGGCAACAGCAAACAUCUUGGAUAUGUCUGAAAUCUAAACAGAAUGACACAGACAAAAUAUUCUAUAGUAGGGCAGUACCUCUAUUAGUCCAACCAAAAUGUCACAAGAUAGGCAACAAGCCAUGGCCAGGUCUUCAAAAUGCAAGUAUCCACCUAGUUCUCUUUAGGCAUCCAGUCUCAGCAGAAAAUGGCCCAAAGUGAGGAUGGGGCAGAGGCAGGCAAGCCCAGCCCCCUCAUCCUCAUGUGCGCAGGCUCCACUUCAGAUCUCGCUGAUAAUAUUCCAUAAGAAAGAAGGCAGCACCUUCUUUGUAUAUCAUUUGUGUAUUGCCUGCUAUUUGUACUGGGCCAGCAGCAAGGCAUUUGUUCUUUAAUGGUGCCAAAUGAGCCAAGUAUGAUUGAUUGAUUGUCUUAUUUGAGAUUUAAUGACUGUGACUUGUCCAAUUUUCUAACCUCGCCAUUAAGGGAGCGCUUUGUAUCAGGAGAUUCUGAUGGGCUUUGUGCUGGUUUGCCAACACAGAGCAUCUGAGGCCAGCCAGACGUUUUAGGUUUAUAAUGUAGACAAUCACUUUUUUGGCUGGGCUCUUGUGUUUUCAACAGCUGUGUGGCAAGCAGGGAUUCAGCCUAUGGAGUUUCCCCCCAGCACCUCAUCAGUCAGGAAAACGUCCAUUGGUUAAUUUAAAUAUUUAUAUAUAUAUAUUUUCUGCUUAAAGUGCACCUGUUAAAGACAUAGAAGUCGCGGCCAGCAAAAAGCUUAUAACUAUAUUAAGGAGUGCUCACACUUCUUUAAUUUUAACUUUUUAAAGGGAGGAAUUCAGUGCAGUGCUAAGCAGCUCACUCCACCAGAGCCAGCAUUUCUGCUUUCCUCUCCCUGGUGCACUUCCAGGGGCUCUUCUGACACCCCCCAAACCAACUGGGGGUGCAUUAGGGGAAGGAGGGAGGGGAGAAAGCCCCAUAGCGCUAGGGGAAGUUUUCUGCUGGCAGGACUACAGUGGCACCUUGGUUUACGAACUUAAUCUGUUCCGGAAGUCUAUUCUUAAACCAAAGCGUACUUAAACCAAUGCGUGCUUUCCCACAGAAAGUAAUGCAAAAUGGAUUAAUCCGUUCCAGACGGUGAAAAGCAACCCCUAAAACAGCAAUUUCACAUGAAUUUUACUAUCUAACAAGACUAUUUCUGGGUUAGGGUUAGAGUUAAUUUUAGGACUGGGUUAGGGUAAGGAUUAGAAUUAGGGUUAGUUCAGGGUCAGUGUUGUUUUAUGUUUUCUUGUGAUUUUGAUUCAUUGCUGGGGAGCGCCUGGCUGCCUUCAGGUGGUGCAGGGGUUCUAAGAUGCAGCUUCCGGGCUGCCUCCACCCUCCCCGACCCCAGCAACUAUGCAGCCUGGCUGCGUGCAAGCAGGGGCGGGCCGGAGAUAUCUCAGCUGUGAAGGGAGGCUUCACGCUGCCUAUGGGAGCAGCCCCAUCUCACUCCUACUUGCGUGCAAGCAGGAGGGGGCAGGGACCCCUCAGCUGGAAGGGAGGCUGAGUGACAGAAGGCUGUGCCAACAAAACAGAAGUGUACCCCUGAACGCCCGUUCGUAUGCCAAAACCCCCCACAAAACCCCCAAUGCAACCCAGAACACUCAUUUCCGGGUUUGAAGUGGUCAUAAUCCAAAAUGUUCAUUAACUAGGCUGUUCGUAACCUGAGGCACCACUGUACUUAGUUGAGUCCAGACCAUAACUUGGGUGCUGCGCCCCACUUUCUGCCCCCAUAACAAUGCCCCACAUUGUGAAUACAGAUAAAAUCUCUUUAAAAAAAAAAAAAAUUAUUGAUUUCCCAACCAUUUGAACACAAUAAAGCAGAAAAAACAAAAAAGGAAAAGAAAAAGCAAAGAAAAAAAGAGAAAAAACAUAAGAUUAACAAAACAAGACGCAAACCAUUUAAAACACAAAAACAAUUUCAAUAUCUUAACUUUCAUUCCCUUAUUUCCACGACCUCCUCACGCCUCCCUUUCUGUAUUCCACUUCUAUUAAAUGUUUCAGCAAUUCCUUUCCAUCUUCCUCUGUUUUCUAUCCUAUAAUUAUCUUAACAUAUUCUAAUCUUAUUUUUCCCUUUAAUACUCUAUUUCUAUUUAAACUUAAUUCCUUAUAACAUUUCUACUAAAGCCAUAUAACUUCAUUCCAACAUUUUUCUAACAUUCAUUAUUUGUGAAUACAGAUAAAAUCUCAACCUAAAUUAGAGGCAUGUAUGUAAUUUGUUAUUUGUGGAUCUUUUGGACUACAGCUUCCAUCAGCCCCAGGCAGCAGAGCCAAUGGUGAGAGGUCAUGGGAGUUGUAGUCCAAUAGGGCACCUGGAAGGCACCUGGUUGGGGAAGGCUAGAGAAACUGUUUCCAUAUGCUACAUAUUUUGAUUCAGUGAAACAAAGCAUACAUAACAAAGUUCAGUUUUUAUUUUUGUACAGUUUAGUGUGGGGUUCAGAGGCAGAAGGGGGAGAACAGUUCUGUGUCUGAUCUUGAACUUUCUGACAACAUCUAUGACCUGAAACGGAAAGAAACACUGGUUAUUACUUGUUUUGUACUUUAAAAAAAACCUAAAACUCAUUUUAUUGUUUAAAAAUCAACAUGUUAGAUUCUAUUACAUCUAUUAUAGUGCCAUGCAGGCCUAGAACUCUAUAUUAAAAACUCCACAGUCAGGUGUCAUUUAAAUAUUAUUUUGCAUCUGUGUUUCAGAUUAUAUUAUUGCCCCGGUUCUGGAGAUUUGUUCAUUUGCUUGAGGAAAAACUGUUCCUAAUGCAAAAUGAUCAAUAUGCAAUCUUCGCACAUUGUUUUAAAGCUUUGUUGCAACUCUAAGAGAAUUCAUUAUGCUUUCCCUUCAGCCUUCAUAUUCAGAAUUUGAUAUUAGUGGAAAUGUGUUGGGCCUGAUCUUCAAUCAAGGCAUGAUCUGGUAAGUGUGUCUUGGUGGAAUACUGCACGAGAGAUCUUGUAGAAGUGGCUGUACUUAUGGUUAAGGUUUGCCAAUGUGACUGAAUUCUUCUGCUUUGCUUGUCAAAUCUCUGAUAUAAAUGUGGAAAAUCACACUUGUCACCUCUGGUCUUGAUUCUCCACUUCAUUGUACCAGCUUUACUGUGGUGUGACUUCACUGAAAUCAUGCCUGGACACUGUGAAAUAAGCUGUUAUAAAUUGAGAGUAACAAAUGGUGACUCAAUCAUGAGUCCUUCUCUGAAGACAUAGUCAUGUUGGAUGCCACCUUUCAGGUGUGACAAAUUCAGCUAUUGUUGUUGUCAGACUUUUGGAAUAUACAGGGCAUAUACAGGGCAAUCAUUAUUAGUUUCUUAUUUGGUGUUGCUUCCUUGCUCCUACAUUUGGCUCCUCCAAUGUGACAAAAACACAGGAGGCUAUAAAUAUCGUGGCAAAUCAUGAAUGUGGGAGUUGGUGUUUACCUUUCAAGAAAGAUCCAUGCCUUCACACUCCACCAUUGGCAAGCACUGCUGUGAAUCCCCCUGAGCUCAAUGCUAUACGAUAGACAUGUUUCUGCGUUUAUGCUGUAAUAAAUUCAGUUUGACCCUUCAGUUACAGCAGUCAGUUAUUAAUUUAGGAAUAAACUAUUCAAUUAUGAAUAAAAUAAACAAUUAUAAAGAAGCAGGAACAUAGCUUGAGAGUGGUUGGUUGGCAUCCCUGUCUUGGGACACAAUGGAAGAAUGUGCCUUUGGAGGUAAAGUCAAACUAUUGGAAGGUUGCAGCACCUGUUGUGGCUGUAGAGACAUGGGAGAGAUAUGCUUGAGAGAGUUCCUCCUAGAUCCAUCCAUGUCACUGGAGGUGUAGAAGUUUGUAGUGGCCAGGAGGGCUCUCUUCCAGUUUCCACUGGUACACCACCUACAACCAAUCCUGGAAAGGAUGCGAUAGUGCAGGUCUUGGCAGCCUCUAGACUGGACUACUGCAGUGUGCUCUGUGUGUGCUGCCCUUAAGGUUGAUUUUGAAAUUGCAGCUAAUGCAGAAUUCUGUGCCCCAACGUUUGCCCAGAAUAGCUCCACAUCAGCAUAUUACACAUGUGGUAGUUUUGACCUUCCAGCUAUGAUAUUGAACUAUUACAUUAAGGAGGAAAAUAGUGAAAUACCAGAAAUUAUUUUUUCAAAUAUAUUACUCACCCCAUUUCAUUCAAAUAUUAAUUUGGGGACAGGUGGGGGUGUGUGCUCUAACAUCAGAUUUCAUAUGCAUUCCCAGAAACAGAUUACAUCAGUUUUCAAUGCAAACUGAAAUUUGCAUAAAAUGUUAGGAAAAAAUCUGAUGGUUACCUCAAAAUUAAGGUCAUACAUUUUCAUAAUGUUUCUUCUCUUUUGUUUGGUAUAAUUCCAUUUUAGCUCUACUAGAUCCCAAUUCAGUUUAAUCCAUUCUAUACCAGGCAGAAGAGAAAACAAGAGCAGAGAAAAACUACAUGAGCUCCCUAUAGUUUAAUCUCAUGCUUUUGCAAAUACCAGUAAGCACUACCUGUAGGGAUCGCUAAACAAUCACACUGUGACAAAAUGAAAUACACUUUGAUUCAGGAAACAAUGCGAACAAUCUGGCAACUGUAAUAAAUGAUAAUAAUAGAUCAAUCCAACCAGGUUGGGGGAAUAGAGUAGCAGAGGAGGAUGAACUGUGUGGAGGGUGGUGUGUGUGCAUGCAUGCAUUUUCCCAGGGGGGCUUGUCAUGUUUAUUAUUGUGUACCUGUGAUAAGAUAAGAACCAUAUUAACUUAAUCUUUAUAAACAUGGCUGUUUUGAAAGCACCUAUCUCCAAAUACAAACCAAUAUGGACUAGCAGAGUGUUGGGAGGGGCAAAUCCAAGGGUUUGUGGCUGGGAAAGCAAAGGGAUAUAAAAGCUAAAGAGUUACUGCCAUAGAACCCCCUUUGUAGAUUUUUAUGAGAAAAUGGCUUAUUGAAUGUUCAUAGGAUGGGCUCUUUUUAUGCACCAUGUCUGCCGGCGAUCAACGUCAUCCGCCUCCAUACAUCCAUGUACCUGCAGUGCUGGGCUGUGAUGUGCUGCAAUGUUCCCCAUGAGAGAGUCUUCAAAGCCUCACGAUCAAACAACUUCUACAUGGCCAUGCUGCUGUUUAUUCUCUUCCUCUCCACGCUGCCAGUUGUCUACACAGUUGUUUCCGUCCCUCCAUCUUUUGACUGUGGUCCAUUCAGGUUUACUGCAUUUUAUAUCCAUUUCUUCAAAGUCAGAUGUAGGAUUACUGAACAAAUAACUAUAACAUUGGAUGCACUUUCAUGAAAGAUAGGUGUGACAAAGACUGUAUACAUACUAUACCUUUAAAACCCAUUUGAAGCCCAUUUUCCCCUUCAAAGAAUUCUGGGCACUGUAGUUUGUUCAUUAUUGCUGGAAAUUUGAACUCUACGGCAAGUAUACUACAGUGCCCAGAAUUCUUAGAGGGGGGAAAUGGGCUUCAAAUGUGCUCUAAAGGUAUAUUGUGUAUGCCAACAGAUAACAGGGUCACUUAUAUUUAAAAAUUAAUAAUUACAGUCCAAUGCAGGGCCUUUAUGUUAGCCUGAGUAAACAUUUUCCCCUCAGCUUUUGUCAAGGACAGAUAUUUAAACAUUCUCAGAAACAUUGCAGAUGUUCUUUGAAUGUGCCAGACUCUGCAGAACAUAUUCUUUUCUACUAUGAACUUAAUAAGAUAUACUUCUGAGUAACUAUGUAAAAGAUGCUGCUGCGCAGGGUACUGGACAAGGCAGUGUCUCAGUUGCACUUCAGAUUUGCAUUCUGCAUGUAGCAUUUAUUAUGUUGAAUGGGGAAAAAAGUCAGGAACAAAUAUAUAUAAGUGGGAUACAAUAACUGUGGGGGAAAAUAAUGUAGGAGGGGAAAGCACAGGUCAAAUUGAACUAGAUGUUAAUGUGGGAUUGUUCCUGAUUUUUAAAUUUCUACGUCUCUGAAGGGCCUAUUACUCAACGCCUUGUUUCAAUUUCCAGAAGUCAUAGAAAAUAUUUUGCUUUCCAAAACAAAUCAUAUCCCCAUAGAUCUAUGGCAUUUUUAAAAAGAGAAUAUGACCUGUUGCUUUAUUUGAAUGAACGGUGUUUGUGAAUUUAGCUGGGUCACAUUGUCCUACACUGACUUCCCAUCCCCUUUGCAUUUCCAGAACAAGCUAUUUGUCUUUACCUUUUAAAUCUCUUUGGAGUUUUGUUAUUAUUUGCCCAGAUCCUCUAAGUGUCCCUAUUUCCAGGGACAGUUCUGGAUUUACAGAAUCUGUCCCGGUUUCUGAUUUGAUCCCGGACUGUCCCGUUUUUCCUUAGGAUGUCCCUAUUUUUGUCAGACAAAUAUUGGAGGUUAUGGAGUUAUGUGACCCCUGAGUCAUCUGAAGGAAGUUCUGUGUAGGAAAGUUUAUGCCCAGAGUGGCUGGGGCAACCCAGUCAGCUGGGUGGGCUAUAAAUAGUAAAAUGAUGGUGGUGGUGGUGGAAUAGGAUGUCCCUACUUUCAUUGGAGAAAUGUUGCAGUGCAGGAUAUGCCACUUCUCUGCUACUCUCUGUGUCUUUCUGCUUCCUUCCACAACUGUGCAUAUUCUCCUGCACUGCCUGGCACAGGUCUGUUUGGCCCGAGAGACUGUUUUUCUCAGAUCAUACCCACCUGCCCCACAUCUGAUGUGAUAUGUGACAUUAAAUGUGGGGCAGAUAAGGACAUGGCUACAAAGAAACAAUUGACAACUUCAAGUGAGUUCCUGAUUGUUUCUUUGGAAGCUGGGCUGGCAGAUAGCAAACUCUACUGGGAUUGCCUAGAUGAGGGAUAUUUAUGUUGGAAAGAUAAGGAUUAAAGUAGGGACAAAUAUGGAUUGUGGCAAAGAUUGUGUGCGCACUGCUUCUCAAACCAGCAGUGGGAGUGCACUGGAUGCAGAGUAAACUGGAGCAUGUCCACAACCUUCAGGUCCUGGCCUGCUGGCUAGAUCUAGUAUCCCAGUGCUGGCCUAGACUGCUUCCCAAAAUACUUAGAACGCUACCUCCCUUUCCUUUCCCUUCCAGUUAGAGGCAGUGCUUCCCUCUUUGCCGCUUGAGGUGAAACAGGAAGUACAACCCUGCCCUGCCACCGCCAUCCCACCAAAACAUCCCUCACCUGGGUUGCACAGCAGUGCCAUGUGGCUGUGGGUCUUGGCAAUAUCUCACAAGUUUGUGCUUUUCUUACUCAGCAAAGGGCCACUGGUGUAAACAACAAUACCGGUAAUUAUUACUGAGCUGUGUGGAAACCCAGGUCCUUUGCUCUCAGACUCAAGAUAAGGCCCGGAUUCAUUAACAUGCUCCUUUGUUUCAAAAUCUGGAAAAGACCUCAAGAAAGUCAAUAGCUACAAAACAGGGGAGGCUGAGGAUUGCUAGUUUUCAUUUGUAAUUAUGGAAAGCCAUGUGUGACAUCUAGAGGUGGAUCUGUAUAUGUGCAGCCCCAGAACUUGUGCAAGGAUAUAACGACCCUACUGUCUCAUUAACUGCUUCCACUCUUGCACUAUUUUGUAAAAAGCGCACAUGAAACAACACAUGGCACUUUCAUGGACAGCCCCAUAACAAAUGAAUGUGUAAUACCCUCCAGGGCUCUUUUAAUGCAGGAGGGUCAGCAGUAUGAAAUUCUUCUCCAGAUGUUCUCAGGAUUCACCUGAGUUGCUUGCAAAUGUGGGUGCCCCUGCUUGAAUGUCAGUGAGCAGGAGGGAAGUGAACAAGGCCCCGCUCUUCUCCCUCCUGUGACCUGCUGCUUAGUCACUUGCCCUGGGCUGUAGGAAGGAAGAUGCGCCUGGCGCUCCCUCAGCCCUGUGGAGAAACCACUGCUAUGUGUACCACUUGAUUAGAGAGAAUGCCUUGACUUUUGGUGUAAGCUCAUGCACGCCUAAUUCCAACAUACAGAAAAUUAACGUAUCAGUGAAAAGGCUAGGCUACGAUCUUCCUCUGUGAAAUCUAAUUUUCCUCAUGGGGGGUUGAAAUAUACUUGGAGUCCUGUAGUGAUUUCAUGCUCUUUAUUGCUGCUUGUAAAACAGUGAUUGAAUUGCCCCCCCUCCACAAACCUCAGGCUUUUAUAUACAUUAUUUACACAAUGAGUCCCGUCUGACUGGCUGAUUCUGCUUCCCUCCUGGAGCCUGAUUGGUCUUUUCCUGCCAGCCAAUCAGUUGUUGCAUUCUAGGAUCCUACUUGCCUAUUGUUCUAGGAUCCAAGCUUAGUACAUAACAGGGGUAUUUGGGGAUGGAGGAGCCCACCACCCUUUCUGAAAAGACGAAUAGGCAUUCAGUCGUGUGAACUGCCACAUUUGCACUACGUAUACAUUUAAAGCACUGUUAUACCAUUUUUAUAGUCAUUGCUCCCCCCCCCAAAAAAAACAAUCCUAGGAAAUGUAAUUUGUUAAGGGUGCUGAGAGUUGUUAGGAGACCCCUCCAAAAGCUAAAAUUCCUUGAGUGGUUUAAUAUAUCUGGUAGCAAUAAAGACUGAUUGGGUUAUAUUCUGGCAUUACUAUGGUUGUGAAUUAUUCGUGGUUUUUUGUAAUUGCUUCAGCUACACAAAUAAAUAAUAUUUGUAUUUGUUAUUAGUAUUACUUUAACAAAAACACUAUUUACAUUCCCACCCUUUAUCUCUGUGUGUCUUUGCACUAACAGCGGGAAAACCAGAAUGUUUGAGGUCAUUGGAGAAACUCUGGAGCAUGAUUUCCCUUCCUGGUUUCGGAAGGUUUUCAGACUUCUCUCAAACCCUGGUGUGAUCCUGCCCUUCAUACUACUGAUGGUGUAUGUACAGCACACAUUUAUAUGCUUAAAAAUAAAUACAUCCCCAUUUUUUUAGACAUACGUAGAAUGCAUUCACUGCCAAUUGGAGGCAGGAGGGCUAAAGGGAUGGAGGGGGGGAAGGUGGACUUCUCUUUUAAUGGCCCCUGAAUUUAAAGCUGGCUCUAUUCUUAGGCAGAUUGAGAUAAUUGCCUUGAGGAGCAGAAGCUGGCAGGGGGCACAGCAACACCCCCCCUUUCUUCCUGAUCCCACCAGCUGUUCCCUUCCUCAGUUUUGUGUGCCUCAGGCCUGUCAUACGCUCCCUAAACUUGCUUGUUACGCUCAGGUGUGGUGGAAGAUGCUAUUCCACUGCCAGUGUUAGAAGUACAAUUCAUCUUUCAGGCCAGUUGGCUCCUGCCAAUGGAAGGAGCGGGUGAGGGGAUGCCAUAUUGUCUUUGGCCUCAGGCAAGACCUUCUCUUAGGCCAUCCCUGCCAGAAUUCUGAGAUUAUUGUUGACGGCAGCUUCACCUCAGAGUUCCUUUAAAGCAGCUAAACGGGGGUGGGGGGCAAGGAUGAAAUAGCAACUAAAGGAUGUGGUUGUGUAAAAGUAGUACUUGACACAGCAUUGCAAGGACUCCAGAAACAUCAAACCAUAGUUCUUGUCUAGGGUGCAAUUCACUUGCAUCAGCUUCUGGUAAGGAAGAUGGUUGUUAUAGCACUCUGCUUAAAAUAGAGAUGCAUGAAUCUGUCAAUUUUGGAUUAUCUCAAGUGAAAGAAAUUUAUUCUUAUAUAUUGCAUUUUGUACAUUAUUUUCAUUAAUAUAUGCAGUUUUAUUAACACUUUCCUCUAAUAUCCACAUUGUCAUUAGAGAACUAUUUCAAGAUAUUCAGAGAAGUGUGAAUUUCAAAAGCUAGCCUCUUUACCCUGGACUUUGGCACAUGAGAUAUUUAUUUUAAGAUCCACCCUAUUCCCUUGACAGUAAUUAGUUUUAGCUUAUUUUAUUAUUAUAUUUGUUGUAAACCACCCUGGGGCCUUAUGGUGAAGUGCAGAUAAGAAAUAAAAUAAAUAACAGAAAAAUAACUGUUUUGUUUCAAAAUGCAAACUGAAUGAAAUUUCUCCCUAUUUCUACUUUAAAAAUGGUUUUUAAUGGUUGUAAUAAUUAUGUGACAUAGCAUAUGUGGUUUCCCCCCAUUUAGCCUGAGUAUCUACUACCUCAACGCUAUAUCAAAAGGGUACCAAGAUAUGAAUCUCGAGCUCAAGAAGAAAUUGCAAAAUGUAAGGAUGCUGCAAAAGAUUGUUGAUAGGGUUUUUUGUUUGUUUGUUUCUCAUUAGAUGGUGAUUAUUCGUGAGACUAAUUCUGGGAUGUUCACUUUUGUUCUUCACAUUAGCAAGCUGAGGAAAACAAAAGGAGGAACAAACUAAAGGCCCAGCAAGCCCGGGGGGAGGCUGAAGAAAACCCUUUUGAGACAGCGCCCAAACCAAGCAAUCCGAAAGAGGGUCAAGGUGAGGAACGGUUUGAAAGCCAUUACAGGAAGCUGCCUCCUCAGCUGUCAGUGAUGCACAGAGCAUCAUUUCCUGCCAGGGAUUCUGGGACUUGUAGUUUACAAACUGCAGGAGAUUUACAGAGAAAAUGAUAUUGACUUCGAUAUUAAGAGAAGUGAAUGGAAGGGAAUUCACAAAAGAAAACUUUCUUUUUUCCUUCUCUGCACUGCAGCCAUCUGUGCCCCUUGAAAAGCCUUUGCAGAUGGCUGUUCUGUAGGAUGUGGGAUGGGUAGGAGGAUUGUUGAAAACCAGGUGAAGAUCAGCUUAGUUUUGGACAACCCUCCAGAAACUCAGCUUUGUCCCAUUGUUCACAUACCCUCUAACAUUUUGAGGCAAAAAACCGGGGUGCCGUCUUCUGGGGCUACCUUCCUGCAUGAGUCACAUGACUCAUGCGAGAUUGCAGCCCUCAAAAGUGCUUUUUGGGGGUGGGGUGAGAUCAUGACACCUAAAAUGUCUGCUGUGCUCUUGUGUGAAAAAACAGGAUUUCCCAGUUUUAUCGGGACAGUUGGGGGGUGUUCAGGAUAUUUUCCCAAGUCUCCAGAUAGGUCUUUUGGGGAGCUUUGGCUGGGGGGAUGGACAGAUAGAGGGGGUGUAGAAUGGGGCUGUGGGGCUAAGCAGAAGCAAAGGAAAACCAAUGUGAUUAGACUUCCACAGAAUGGCUUUCCACCAUUCUGGAAUCUAUGUGCAUAGAAGUCCAUUCUUAAGAGGCUUCCCUUUACAGAUGUACUUGCCUAAUGUGGGCAGGGGGCCACAAGACCUUGGUGGGUGGGAUUAGCAGUCUCUCAACCAAAAAACGUAUGUGACAUCCUUUCAUGUUAUGCAUGAAUGAAGGAUCCUAAUGCAGUCUUUUCCAGUCCUGCAUCCUACAGAUAUUUUGGACUCCUAUUAUUCCUGAAUCUUGGCAAUCUAGCUGGGACCGAUGGAAGUUGCAGUUCCCUAUCAGGAUGAGGAGAACUGCACGAAGUCCAAUGUCUUAUGCCUUACAUACUGUACCAAGACCUCCUAGCUGGUUUCAAACUAGUUUUGCAAUUGCCUUCCCUCAGCUCAGUCAGAACAUUAAAGAUUGUUUUGUUUGAAGCAGAGACCUGAUAAGAAACUACUGAUACUCUUGUCACUCCUUUGCAGCCUAACCUUUUUGGCAAAUGUUUGUGAAGGGUGCUAUAACGUAGGUAGGCUGAAACAAUAAGUAGCUUCAUUUCUUUGUUUCUGUUACACAGUUUUUAGUCUGCUAUCCGUAUUGGAACCCCUCCCAAGACCACAGGCCUAGAGUGUGCUCAGUUCCAACCUUUGACCACUAGGUGCCAACCACAGAAGCAUGUCUUACAUGUGCCAUGUUUCAGUCCAGAAUUUGCAUUCUGGCUUUGGGUUCAAAAAAUAAGUCCUGUUUUCCCCCCAACAAUGUUUUCAGAUAAAGAAAAAGGAGCAAAUGAGACCAAGAAAAAGCCAGGUGAACAGAAGGAAGACAAACCAGGUAUUGCAAAUGGAAGCCAACCUCCCUGUGGCAGAGGACGAGGUGGCCCUGCGCCUCCCCCACAGAUAGCAGUGACCCGGCCAGCGGCUCCAAGGUAAGGUUACCAGAUGUCCCCGUUUCCCGGGGACAGUCCCUGGAUUUUCAACUCAGUCCUCAUACAAAAUCCAUUGAGUGUCCCCGGAUUCAUUGAAAAGUGUCCCCGGAUUCAUUGAAAAAAAUCUGGUAACUUUAUUCCAAGGGUCAGUGGCAUGAAUGGAUACACUCCCAGAAACCCACACUUUGCAGGCAUGUCGCCAAGAAUCAGUGGCGUAGUGUGGGGGGUGCAGGGGGGGCCAGCCGCACCGGGCGCAACAUCGGGGGGGGGCGCGCUCGCACUCGCAGCUCUCUGCCCCUACCUGGCUCACUCACUCUCUCUCACUGCAGUGCUGGCUGUGCGAAUCCAAUCCGAGCCGCUGGGUCGCCGCCCACUGUGGAGGGGGUGGGUGCCAGGCGUGCGGUGCGGAGAGAGAGCGAGGGACUAUCUGGGGGAGGGACAGUGCAGCGGCCGCCCAGCGCAGCGCUGAGCGCGGGAGAGAACCACACCAGACCAGACCAGGCAGCAGCAAGAAGAAGCUGGCAGCGACGGCAGGUUAGGGGUUAGGGGGCGCAAAUUACUUGCCUUGCCCCGGGUGCUGACAACCCACGCUACGCCGCUGCCAAGAAUGCCAGGACCACCUCCAUCGUUCCAAUUUUAGUAUAUGUGCUGCCAAAGCGAACACGCCAGGACCACCUCCAGAUUAUAAAACACACUUGGAGGUACAAUCCUGGAAGGAAAACAAACAUUUAAAACAAUGUACACCAAUAAAUUUAAAAUUUAUAAAUGCAAUAAGCGUAUAGACACUUAAAACUUUAAGAUAAGCUACCGCAGAGAGAUGACCCAGAGUCACCCAUGGAACCGAGUUUGGGGAUUAUCUUAACGACCUAGUUUGGGUCGGGGGAUGGUCUGCGCCUACAGAUCUGUACGCAGAAUCUGGCGACCGUCCGGGUCAUCUUAUGAUCUAUGCCUAACAGGAAAAGGUCAAAUUUUUGCUUUUCUGUGAGGUCAGCGAGCCUCACCAGUAGGGGAUCAAUGGUCUCCCUACGUGCCUCUUCAUAAAAGGGACAUCUAAAGAACAAGUGUUCUGGGCUUCCCCCGAUGAACAGGCACAAAGUCUCUGAGCAUAUGAGGACCACCUCCAAAUUACUGAUAAGCAAAGUGUUCCAACUCAUUAAACAACAUUAGACUCCACGUACUUGUAGUAAAGGGAAGUACAGUGGUGCCUCGCAAGACGAAAUUAAUCCGUUCCGCGAGUCUCUUCGUCUUGCGGUUUUUUCGUCUUGCGAAGCACGGCUAUUAGCGGCUUAGCGGCUAUUAGCGGCUUAGCGGCUAUUAACGGCUUAGCGGCUUAGAGGCUUUAAGAAAAAGGAAACAAACUCGCAAGAACUCGCAAGACGUUUCAUCUUGCGAAGCAAGCCCAUAGGGAAAUUCGUCUUGCGGAACGACACAAAAAACGCAAAACCCUUUCGUCUAGCGAGUUUUUCGUCUUGCGAGGCAUUCGUCUUGCGGGGCACCACUGUAUCCAAUAAGAUUUUUCACCCUCACAGAAAGAUGCAGGGGUUAUCAGAGGUGAUGUGGCUGGGACCUAGCUUCAUGAGCCACGGUGGCCAGGAUUCAAGUCCAGGAGAGAAUGGGGGCCCGUGUCACUGACUGGCUGGCAGUAGCAGGUCAAGCCAGGUGCAAAUACACAUUAGCACAGAGCUAGAAGUCUGAAAGUCAAGUGGCUAGGUAACUUAUGCCAAUAGAAUGUAAAGAAAAUGAAGUCAGUGUGCUGUUGCUUUGAAAAUAUUUCUGUAGAAGAGCUAGCAUUGUCUAAAACCACAAACAAACCUGAAUACUUUAGUGACUUUCAAGUCUACAUAGGGUGUCCAAAAUUUGCUUUGAAAUAUAUGUGAAUCAACUCUACAUAUUAAAAAAAAAUUAAAGCCUUCCCUCAUGGCUUGAGUUCAAAGGUUGUGUUGCAUAUGUGAAAAGCUCUCCUCAUUUGGGGUUGAAUUCUUCCUACUGUUCCAGAGAGUCUCCCCCUUCCUCAGGAAUGGGUUGGGGGAGUGAAGGAAAGGAAGAGGCACAAAAGCCUUUUGGGGGGAAGCUGUUAGAAUCCAAGCCAAUGUUGCUUUGAAGUGAGUUGUAGAGAAGGAAUGCUGACUUCUAAUUUGAGUGCUUGUAGAUGGCAAUGCAUUUUACCCAACGCCUUGGUUAAAAUGCAAUGGGAAGUUCUCCUGCACAAGCUCAUGUGAAGGUAUUGGAGCACUUUAGAACCGUGGACCUUAUGCAGGGGAACAUACUGGUGAAUUAAGUUUCCAAGUUUCGUUAACUUAAUUGGGAUGUAAUUUGGAGAAUAUUACAAACUGUACUCUCUGUAAAUAUGAAAGACUGCAGUAUGUUUUCUUUUUAAAAAAUACAAAGAUAUUUUUGUGUGUACUUCAAGGGUUUUUAAUUUUAUAAAUUCUUAUCUAGAUCGUAAGUUUUAGAGAUGAAAAGGAGUGGGUAGAAAAAGUUCCCUUGAUACCAGUGUGACCACUGGUCCUGCUAGCUAGGAACGAUGGGAGUUGUAGUCCAAAAACAGUUGGAGGAAACACUGCUUUGUACAAAAAUGACUUGUUAUGAACAGCCCACUAGUUUUUUUUUUUUAUGUGCCUUCACUUCUGUAUGUAAUGAAACCACAGAACCACCAGAGGGCAGACCUCAAUUUGGCUUGGCUAAGCUCACUGCUCCAUUUUUAUUCGGUGAUACCUUGUUGACAUAGUCGAACCAAGGUGCACAUAGCUUAGAUGGCUUAACAAACACCACCACCCUGACAAAUUCUUGGAGGAUAUGUAACUUUUAUUUAGGUCAGGAAACAAUACUUCAGACAAGAUGGCAGUUUACUAACUAUUCUUUGCCUGAGACAACAGAGGCUAGCUGAUAUAAGAUCCACAGGCUUCAGGUUGCCCUGAUCGCUGCCCCACCUUCUAGGGAGAUGACAAGUUUCCUCUUGCUAGAAGCCCUCGGAGAGUUGGUCUGGCAGUAAUCGAUUGUAACAAUGUGCUUGCACAAAAUACAGAUGCCAACUAUUAUGAACGAUAGAUGGAGCUUCUAUGCUUAGGCAUUCUGUUUAUUUUAUUAUUUAUUUAUUUAUUGAAUUUAUAUACCCAGAGGUAUCAGGAUGGUUCACAGAAUAAAAUCAAAAUAUAAAGCCACAAAAUACAUAAUCAAAAUAAAAACAACCACCCAAUAACCCCCCUAAAAAAGAACCCCACAUUUUAAAAGGACAUACUGUUAUGUUUUAUAUGCCUGUUCAUAGAAUCAUAGAGUUGGAAGAGACCACAAGGGCCAUCGAGUCCAACCCCCUGCCAAGCAGGAAACACCAUCAGAGCACUCCUGACAUAUGGUUGUCAAGCCUCUGCUUAAAGACCCCCAAAGAAGGAGACUCCACCACACCCCUUGGCAGCAAAUUCCACUGUCGAACAGCUCUUACUGUCAGGAAGUUCUUCCUAAUGUUUAGGUGGAAUCUUCUGUCUUGUAGUUUGGAUCCAUUGCUCCGUGUCCACUUCUCUGGAGCAGCAGAAAACAACCUUUCUCCGUUCAGUUACAUCUUGGAUCUUAGCCCCGGGGAGACAGCACACUUCCCGAGACAUCUUGUCAGGCCCACAGAUCACUGCUUCUGUUCCCCUCAGUAGGGAAUCCCCUAUCACCACUACACGCCUCCUCUUAGGUCUGGUCGGGGUUCUUCCGUGAGCUGUCCGUUCCAAGGUCACCUGCACAUUCCCUGAGGACUGACUUUGCUGCUCGUCUUCAUAUACCUGAUUGACUGUAAUGAGGGAGAUCCUCAAAUGGAGUCUGCUCUUCGUCUUCCAUGCUAGGGGAGAGGACCUCAAAGCGAUUGUGUAUUUCUAAACAAUCAGAGCGAACCCUGGGCCUCCUACUUCUUUGAGUCACGUUUCUCCAUAUAUCUGGCUCCUGUGUUGGUGAACUAGCCUCCCUGUUGUCUUUGUCCAUGGAGUUUGAUGGCCAAAAUCACAUUCUUGAUGGCAGAAAGUGAGGAGGAAUUAAAGAACCUUUUCAUGAGGGUGAAAGAGGAGAGUGCAAAAUAUGGUCUGAAGCUCAACAUCAAAAAAACGAAGAUCAUGGCCAGUGGGCCCAUCACCUCCUGGCAAAUAGAAGGGGAAGAAAUGGAGGCAUUUUACUUUCUUGGGCUCCAUGAUCACUGCAGAUGGUGACAGCAGCCACAAAAUUAAAAGACGCCUGCUUCUUGGGAGAAAAGCAAUGACAAACCUAGACAGCGUCUUAAAAAGCAGAGACAUCACUUUGCCAACAAAGGUCCGUAUAGUUAAAGCUAUGGUUUUCCCAGUAGUGAUGUAUGGAAGUGAGACCUGGACCAUAAAGAAGGCUGAUCGCCAAAGAAUUGAUGCUUUUGAAUUAUGGUGCUGGAGGAGACUCUUGAGAGUCCCAUGGACUGCAAGAAGAUCAAACCUCUCCAUUCUUAAGGAAAUCAGCCCUGAGUGCUUCACUGGCGGGACAGAUUGUGAAGCUGAGGCUCCAAUACUUUGGCCACCUCAUGAGAAAAGAACACUCCCUGGAAAAGACCCUGAUGUUGGGAAAGAUGGAGGGCACAAGGAGAAGGGGACGACAGAGGACAAGAUGGUUGGACAGUGUUCUUGAAGAAACCAACAUGAGUUUGACCAAACUGUGGGAGGCAGUGGAAGACAGGAGUGCCUGGUGUGCUCUGGUCCAGGGGGUCACAAAGAGUCGGACAAGACUAAAUGACUAAACAACAACAGCUGUUAUGUUUAGAUGUGCACCAUGUUUAUAUGCAGGGCUUUUUCAGCUGGAACUUGCUGGAACUCAGUUCCAGCCCUUCUCAGAUGGACACAAUUGCCAUUCUAAGAGAAUGAGAGAUGUGUUCAUGGUGAGUUCCGGCACCUCUUUUUCUAGAAAAAUAGCACUGCUUAGAUGGGGCUGGUUGGAGUCCAGCAACAUUUGGAGGGCCACAGGUUCCCCAUAGCUGCUAUACCAGAAGCAUCAUCUUUACAUCUUGUAUAUGAGGUUCCAGAGAUGUCAUAUUGUCCACUUUUGGACUAGGUGGACCUGAUCUAGAAAUGUGGAUCAAGCAUUGUUGAGCACCUGCAGCCCAAACCAUUGCAGCAGGACGCAUUUGCCAUUCUGUGGAUUCUCCUGGUCCAGCAGUUUCUCCCCUGUUGAUGUCUGUUCACCUCUGAGCAUGCAAGAAAUGACAAGAGUAGGGAAAUGGAGCUCUUCUGCUGCACAGUUGUGCCGUUUUGGUCCAGAGGGAGAUGGCAAGCAGGUGGGCAGUGGCGCCUUGGAGAGGAGGGCAUCCCCCACAUGACAGCAUGCAGGAUUUUUGCAGCAUCCACGUGACAUAAUCCUCAUCAGAACACCAUCCCAUUAUAUCCAGAUUUACCAUUCCUGCUGUGAUUUAUUCCCCCCCCCCAAAAAAUCUGGAUUAAAUAGGAAAAUGAUGUGGAUGGUGUUGAGUGGACAUUGCACAAAACUUGCAUGCAGGAGCAGCAUUGAUUCCAUUGCUGCAUGCUCUGCCUUAGUGAGAUGUGUUGAGGCAGACUAGCACCAAUCCUGCAUUGCCCCGUGCCUGGUGCUGGAGCGUCAUCAAGGGGACAGGGCUUAUUGUACAUGCUGCUGCAGACCACUUGGUUCAUUCAGACUGAAGGCACGAAGAGGGCUUAAGUCAUUCCCAUUACAGAUUUACCUGCAACAAGGACCCAGUUGCGUUGAGACGUUACACACCUGUGAAAACGAAUCUGCUGCCCUGAGCAACUUUAGCUGCUCAUCAUGUAGAAUGUUUUAUUAAGAACAGUUUAUCUUGCCUCUUCUGCUGUGAUCAGCUGGUUAGUUGUGAAGCAUUUGAUCUGACACUGAGUCCCUGCAUGGUCAAUAUAUCUGGGCAUUUCACAAUAGCAACUGAUUCCCCCUCAAGCUGUAAUGAAGAAAAAUUCAACAGAUGUUUUCUAUUUAUUUGCACAAUGCCUUCCUUAAACUAUGGGGAUUUUUAGCUUUAAAUAUUUAGCUUGUUUCUGGAUUCAUCCUGUUCAUGGGCUCUUGUCUCUGCAAAGAUUUGUGUUUUGGCUUCCCGUUUGUUAUACAUUUCCCUGGUGUCUGGUCUAGGGCUGUUAUUAAAUGUUUCACCUUCAAAAUAAAUAAUUUAUUUUAUGAACAUCCAAAGGUGACUGUUUUAGGAAGAAUAGCUUCAUAUGUUUAAAAAGCAGACAGUCGGUGUGAAUCUCCCCAGUUCUCCAACUCUGAGAUAACUUUGCAACUCCAAGCGAUUUUGAGGAGUAUAUAAAACCAAGGUUUAGGACAAUAUACUGAGUCCUUUGGCAUAUAUAUAUAUAAUAAUAAUAAUAAAUUUAAGCAGUUUUCAUGAAAUUAUAUAGAAUAUUCAGUAAAAUAGUGAUAAAAACAGACUUUAAAUAUAGUGGACAUAAUAAAAUUUUCAAAAAUAUAGAUAAAAAUCAAGAUCUUUCUUAAAAAAACCUGAAUGUAAUAAGAUUGCAUGUCAGGUUAGUCUUGCCUAAACAAAAAAGUGUUUUGCAGUUAUGAAUAUGUUUAAUAACUUAUUCAACUCCCUGCAUUCCAGAUAAGCCUCAGAAAUCCAUUGCGCGAAUCUCUACUUGCCAAUUUUUCCUCCUCAGUGCUUUUGUUAAAGGUGCAGGAUCUCUCUCCUUUGCAUCCAGUCCCUCUGUUUCUGGCUCACUGUUUCCAGCACCUGCUGAGGUUGACAUCCCAGCUGGAGUUGGGGCAGUACCACAGCCUCCUUGGCCUUAACUGCACAUCCUCUCUGGUGUCACUGACUGCUAACCUGUCCCCUCUAAGGAAGCAAAGCAGUGACAAGAGCAAGGAGCCUCUGCUCACCUUUCACUUUCUUGAGUUACUGUAGAGUUAGGCCCCAUGUGAGAUGGUAAACAAAUGGGCAUUGGCAACAGGAGGGAGGAGGAGGAGGUCAUCUUGCCCCUCCACAAAACCUGGUCUGGUUGGUGCAUGGUAUUUUGAGCUACAUUCAACCAUGGCUAGCAGCUGGUGAGGUGGUGCAGGUGGAACACCACUGCUCUUUAGCUGGGGUGGUGCAUGGUGGCUCAGCGGUCACACACAGCACCGGGCCAUGCCUUGCCCUCCCCUCUCCCUCUUGGUAAGGGCCAGCAACCCAGUGCGUUGGGAAGCUGGGACACCUACAUCCUCUCACUUGGGCUGCUAUGCUGUGUGUGAACCCUGCCCAGCCGCUCUGCUAUGAUCUGAAUGCAAAAAAUCAGUUCAUGGCUAGCAUUGGACUCCAUCAAAAUAAAAGCCUGAGAAGGCAGCAGUUUUUGAAAUAUCUACUAAAUGGUCAGCUUAUUUCCAGCUCACAAUGACAAUAGGAAGCUGAAUUGGAUCAUAAGCUCAGUAUUGUCUACUACAGUAACUGGCAAAGGCUCUCCACGAUUUCAGGCAGGGCUCUCUGCUAGCCCUCAUGGGUGCAGCUGGGGGGGGGGGUAGGGGGCAACUGCCCCCCAAAUCAAUAAAAAGCAAUAAAAAUACUUAACUAACUGAGGUUCUGCUGCCUCUAACAGAAGCCUGUCCCCACUCUAAGAGAUGCCAAGGGUUAAACCUGGGAUCUUUUGUAGGAAGAAAUAAAGGUUGAUCCAGUUUCUCUCAAUGCUCCCCUGGUCUGCCAAAAGCAACUUUCUUAAUCCAUUCCUGGGCUGAAGCAAAGAAGCACCAGUCAGCUACCAGCAGGUGUGUUUGGGGGGUGUCUAGGGGUGAAGCCUUGAUUAAAAACACCAGUUUCCUUUGUGAAAUUUCUUGCCAUGAUUUGAGAAAAUGACCUGUCACUGAUCAUUAAGGUUGAAAGUUGAUGGACCUGAGCUUCCAAUUGUGCUUAGGCUGCAUUUUCUUGGGUGCUGCCCAAGCACAGAAGCACUUGGCAAGAAGCGGGAGCACCUUGGGUUCCUUCUGCCAAUGCCCACUUGCCGUGGUUUGCUUUGCGUGACUCACAGCUGCUUGAGUUUUAUCAGGCUCUCGCUUCAUGGUUCUGUGGUUGUUUUGGUCAGGGUGUUUCCAUCCAAUGCUUAUCCCUAGCUGUCAAGCAGCACUUUUCCGGUCAUGGCUUAAUAUUCCGUGACAUAAAACUACACACCUAGGACUGCUUUCCUGGGAGCAAACCCACUGAAUUCAAUGCCACUUGCUUGGGAGCAAAUGCCUAUAGGUUCGCAAUGUAACACAUUGUAAUUCCUUUGUACUCCCCAGCCCUAGAGGAUUUAAAGUCCACUUCUUCCUGGGCAUUUCCACAUCUGCCUGCUCCACCCCCUCUCCCAACAAGAUGCCGGUGCUGCUUUUAAGCACUUCACCAUAGACAGAAAUUAAAUUGGCGUAGCUUUCCUCUUUGCUACCUGGCCAUGUUGAGAAAAGCUGCAAGGAAAAAAAAUCAUUCCCCUGUCUUUCCCCCCAAAGGCUGGCUGCAUCUACCCCUUGAGAAAUUAUCACAUCACUAGCAAUUACUUGAAAUUAAGACUGGUUGAAAGUUCUCACAGGAAUUCUUUGGGUGAUUUUAUUUUAAAAGCUGUUUUUGUGUGUUUUCCAGAUCCUGGGUCAUCACAGCCCCAGCAGCCAGCAGUUGCCACUUUUCCUUUCAUUUUCUUUCCCAUGAGCCCCUGGGGUGAAUGUCAGAAGCAUUGCCCUCACUCUCCUUGGCUUCAUGGAGUCCUAGUAUCCACUGUACUGGAUACUGGAUCCACUGGACUCAUGGGAAACAUGAACUUCCACUGGCAGUUCCAGAACCAUGUUUUCCCAGUGGUAUUGUCUGCUGCUGUUUUUACUCCCUUUAAUUCCCACUUCAGUGCCCCCUUUCCCUCUGCCCAUUUUUGCAGAAUGAGAAUUUGGGUGGAUAAAUUGAUGGAGGGGUGGGAUACAUUUCACGAAAAGCCUAGUAGGUAAGUUUACAAGUAAGAACAAGAAGAAGUUGAACAUGGCCUCUGGACCCCAAAAGAGCAACUGAAUGUUGGAGUGUGACCCCUCCAGCAACCCCAUCUAAAGUAUGUUCUACAACUACUCUAAGAUCACUAGAAACCAAACCAACACUACAUUCACAUCAUAAUAAUGAGCAUCAGUCAUUGGUUUGUUUACCUUCAUUUAAUCCAAAAGUGAUACAGGACACUGAUUCAAGACUUCCCCUGCCUCUCUGGGAUCAGAAGAUAGAAAUCAGAGAGGAACAUGACCAAGUCAUUUUGUUAUCCUGCAAAGGAGGGUGCAACAAAAAUGCUGAUUCUUCAAGCAAAAAUAAGACACACAGUGCAUGGAAAGGAUUCAGAUAUAGCCCAUGCAGCUGUGUGAAUAAAGAGAUCCAGUGGACAAUUCCGAAAGACUGGGCAGAGAAUACAAAAUCCAAUAAACCUUUAUAACAUUCUCUAUACAUGAUUAGCUCCUGAUUGUCACAUGUGUGAAGCUUUCCUGCAAUAUAAUUGGAUAACAGAACAUGUGGACAACUCAUGUAUACAUUUUCAGAGUCAUGGCACUUCUGAAUUAUGGCACCCAGGUAUCAGAGACAUGUACUGCACAUGCAGUUACUGAGGAUGUGAGCAUAGGUGCAUGCAGUGGUGUGCUGUGCUGUCUUGACAUCUGCCCCAGGUUAUGGCAUUCACCUGGGUCCCAGGUCAUGAUACCCAGGUAUCAAUUUCCUAUAGAUGUUAAACAGCAUAGGAGGCAAGUUGCAUCCUUGUGGUAGCAUCCUUGAGGCAACCUUACCAAAAACUGCAGCAAUCUCAUACCACCAUCUCCUCAGCCCAUCUUCCCUGGAAGGACUGAAGUUAGAACAAAAUGGUCCCACCAAGCCACACUCCAGCUAGGACAUUGCCAAUGAAGAGAAUUGCUCCCCUUCUCCACCUCCUGAUGAAGAUCAUCCAUGACAGUUCCUGUUCAAGAACUAGACAGGCAACCAGAUUGGAAAGCACCUAAAAAACUAAUUUCAUCCAAUAACCUCAGAAGUUGGGUGACACACUACAUACUUAAGCAACUUGCCCGCAUACUGCAAAUGUGCAAUGUUCAGAUCAGGCAGGUCAAGUGCUAGUCUGUUUAAGACUUUCAGGAGUGUCAGAACCACACCUUCCCUUAAUAUUUGUAAUAUCUGCUCCUCAGUGCCCUAGUUGCUUUCCAGCAGUCCAAUAAGAGCAAGUAGCAUCAAUAAUGUGCUUGGAAGUUUUCCUCUCUCCAAAUAUCUUGUUUACAUCUUCAGAUUAUGCAAUCCGAAGAGUGGACAAAGAGAGCCCGCCCCAUGGGCACACCACAAUGCUCUUGAAUUUGAGAACCCUGGAUUCCACCCCCUUUCUAUAUUUUUCUGAAAUGGCCAAGAUUAUCGAAAUGCUGAUAAACUGAAAAAACUGCUCUGGUGUUCAUGAGCUUUUGUGCAGUCCUUUUUCAAAGUGUAGUUUGGGCUCAGAGAUGUGGAAUGUGAUUUUUGGCUAAAUGGGUUGUUUGUCCCUUUCCACAUCUUAUGAUGGAUCCUGCUGAGUUGCUGCUUUUCUUCCUUCAAGCAUAUCUCAAAUGUUUUGAGCAAACACUAACAUGUUCAGUCUUAGGCUGGCCUAAAUUGACAAAAGGUGUAUCUCUUUGCUUUGGCAGGGCCCAUGGGCAAAUUCAGCACAUCAGAUUAAUAAUAUAGAACAGGGCUUGGUUUCAAUAGAGGAGAAAAGAAUGUAGGCUGAAUUGCCCUUUGGAUGGAAAUGAGGAAUCUGUAUUUGUUUGUAGGUAUUAAUUCCUAUUGCUAAAUUAGCUCUUUCAACACCUGAAAUACUUCCUGAUCCCCACCCCCUUUGUGCUCCCAAUCUACAUCAUUGCCCAAUGCAUCAGAGGUUGUUAUCUAGUAUACAAAGCCCUUAACAACUUGGGAUCAGUUUACCUAUGAGACUGCCUUAACUCACAUGUGCCCACUUGACUGCUUUGAUUGGCAGAAUUGGCACUAUUACAGGUGGCACUAUUACAUAAGACCUGUUUUGCAUUUGCAAGAACUCAGAUGUGAACAGGUCCCAAGCUGUUAGGGCUUUAGAUACUAACAGUAGCACCCAGCGGAAGGGGGGGUGGGGGGUGGUUUGCCCCGGGUGUCAUCCUGAGGGUGUGUGUGUGACAAAAUCCCCCUGGACGCAAUCACUGCCUCGCCAGAUCGCCCCGCCCCUGGGUGCACAGCAUGUGCGCCACUCCGGGUGCCCGCGCGGCUGGUUCCGCCACUGGUAGCACCUUGAACUUGGCUGGUAGCAGGGUCUGCUGCCAGCAAUCAUGCUGCACAUAGGGCACUGAAGUAAAAUCCAUGAAGUGAUGGUGAAUUUAAGAUUCUUGGGGGGGGGGGGAGGGAAUGAGAAACAGAGAUAAACUGACAUCAACAGAGAUAGGGCCUUCUCCAUGGUGAUGCUCUGGCCCCAGUUUUCUUUUCACAGGCAGGUUUGUCUGGUGCUGAGCUUGCUAUAUCUUCAGUGCCAAAUGAAAACCUUUAUUGUUUCUCAGGUCAUUUAGUUUGCAUUCCUAUAUUCACUUUUAUGGGAGUGAGUCCCAUUGAAUUCAGCCAGGCUUAGUACAGAGUAGAACAUUUGCUAUGUUUUAAUUAUUUAUUUAUGGCAUUGGGUAAUUGGGACAGAUUAGAGAUUCUGUUGGUUUACUGCCUGCCUUGCUGUCCAGCAGAUUCCCUGCCUGAGCUGGAGGACCUGGUCUUGGCGGCGAUGUUUAGGACUCCCAGACUGUUGGUUCUUGGGAACAUCAAUAUCCAUGCCAAGGUCAGGACUUCAUGGCUGCCAUGACAACGGGGCUGUCCCAACAUGUCAUUGGUCCGACACAUAUGGCUGGUCACACUCUGGAUUUUGUCUUUUUGACUGGGCCAGAAGAGAGUGAUCUGUAAGUGGGGGGUAUUGACACCAGCCCCUUGUCAUGGUCAGACCACUUCCUGUUGAGCUUUAGGCUUUCAACACCCUUUCCCCUCUGCAGAGGUGGGGGACCUAUUAGUAUGAAUGAUGGAUGCAAGUGGUUUCCAGUCGACUCUGGGAGUUUCCCCCACUGAUAUGGCAGGCACUUCCGUUGAAGCCCUGCUUGAUCAGUGGAACAGCUGUUGACACAAUCACCCCGAGUCCCCUCUCCUGCUUCACGGAGUCCGUCUGACUACGUGGUAUCCUCUCAAACUUAAGUGAAGAAUCAAGCUGAGAUACAGCUUGAAUGCAAGUGGAGGAAAACUCCAGACGAAUGGCACUGGCAGUGAAGGCAGCAAAAAAAGCACACUUUGCUACCUCCAUGGCAUCCUCCCUAUGCCACCUGGCAGAGCUUUUCCGGGUAGUGCAGGGACUUUUGCGGACUGGCUGAAAGAGGUGGUAGGACUGAGGGUAGCUUGCUCUGACUUGCUUGCCAAGCAUUUGGAGGGUAAAAUCACCUUGUCUCUGCUGUAGUAGCAUUUGAAUCUCAAGAGACGUCCCGAGCACGGUGUCCAGUUCUGUGUCGUUAGAUGAAUUUCAGUUGCUGUGAUUUGAUGAUGUGGACAAGGCACUUGAAUUGAAAUGAAAUGAAAUGAAGUUUAUUACGGUCCCAGACCAGAUUCACAUACCGUACUAAACAAACAUGAAACACAAUAGAAUUAAGUUAGAAUUUGCAAUAGAAUAUAAAAAUAAACAAUAUGAAUAUGACAGCCAUUAGGAAUGUGGUUUAGGUCUUAGUCUCUAAAAUAUUAUCUAGGGUUUGCACCGGAGGCCUUAGUCUUUGUAAUGCACAGCUUGUUCCCUGAGUUUUAUGGCAGCCACACAAAAUUUGGCCACCCUUAGCAUGAUCUCUGGAUCCUUAUAAUCCAUCAGGGAUUUUAAGCAUUAAGGUUCAGACCCACUUGGAAUUUUCUGUAUAACAGGGGUGAUGAAGACCAAGCGUAUAUCCUCUUAAAAACAACAUCGUAGCAAGACAUGAGAGACACUUGGAUUGCUUUGGGAAACUAUCUGCAUUCUGGACCCUUGCCCCUCUUGGCUGAUAAAAUCCAGCAGGGAAGAGACCGCUUUCUGAGAUGGGCAGGUGGUCAGUGCUUCUUUAUGGGGGGGGGUCCUGUUUGUUUGAUGGAUGCAGUGAAAAGACCACUGCUUAAGAAACAAUCCCUAGAUUCUGAGAGCUACCAGCCAGUUGCCAACCUCCUUUUUUUUUUUUACGUAAGGUUCUUGAGUGAGUGGUCACUGACCAGAUCCAAGAGUUAUUGGAGACUGAUUUUUUAGAUCCAUUUCAGUUGGGGUUUUGGCCUGACUUUGGCACAAAAACUGCCUUGGUCACCUUAUAUGAUGACCUCUGUUGGGAGGGGGGGGCAAUGUGUCCCUGUUAAUCCUCCUUGACUUCUCAGCAGCUUUCAAUGCCUUUGAUCACGAUGUCCUCCUGGAAAGGUUAUUAGAGUUGGAGGUGGGUGGCAUGGCUAUGCAGUGGUUCUGGUCCUACCUGGAUGGUCAUCUUCAGUGGGUAAUGCUUGGGGUGUUUUUCGGCACCAUGGGGCCUUCAGUGUGGGGUCUCUCCGGGUUCAAUUCUAUCCUCCAUGAAGCCACUGAGUGAAGUCAUCCAGAGUUUUAGAGUGUGGUUUCAGCUUUAUGCGGAGAACACACAGCUCUAAUUUUCCUUUACAUCUAUAGAUUUGGCAGUGGAUGUGCUGGACCAAUGUCUUGUCCCAGUAAUGGACUGGAUGGGAGCCAACAAACUGAAGCUCAGUCCAGAUAAGACUGAGGCCCUGUUAGUGGGUGGUUCCCUAGAUCAGAUGGAUGGAAGAUUGCCUGCUGCUGAUGGUGUUACUAUCUCUGAAGGAGCAGAUACGUAGCUUAGGGGUACUUCUGGAAUUUCUGCUAUUGCUUGAGACUCAGGUGGCCUCAAUGGCAGAGAGUGCCUUCCAUCAGCUUUUUGCCUAACUUCUGUGGCCUAUGCUCUGGUAACCUCCAGGUUGGAUCACUGCAAGGUGUUGUGUGUGGGGCUGCCUCUGAAGACAGUUAGAAAACUUCAGCUGGUGCAAAAUUUGACAGCCAGGUUGCUCAUCAAAAUGAGAUGGUUUGAGCAUUCUGUAUAUCCCUGAUGUUGGCCCGACUGCACUGGCUGCCAAUUAGUUUCCAGUCCCAAUUGAAAGUGCUGAUGCUGACCUAUAAAAUGCCUUAAGGACCACCUUUCCCCAUUCAAACCGACCCAGACCCUGCACUUGUCAUUUGAGGCUCUUCUUUAUGUCCCCCAUCCCAGAGAGGUCCAGCGGUUACAACACAAGAACAAGUCUUUUCUGUGGUGGCUCCUCAUCUGUGGGUGCUGGUGCCAUCUUUACAUGUCUUUAAGUGCCAGGCGAAAACAUUCCUCUUUACCUUCAGCCAUUAAAUAAUCUAUGGCCUGUUAAAUGUGGGGCAGUAUUUUUAUGAUUAUUUUAUUAUUAUGCUGUGUAUUAUGUGUUUAUUAUUAUGCUGCAUAAAUUAUGUUCUUAAUGUUGUACACCACUCUGGGAUCUUUGGAUAAAUGUAUAUAAAUGGAAUAUAUAAAAUAUAUUUGUAGCUGGGGCAGUAAGAACAGCUGUAAGAGCUGUUCGACAGUGGAAUUUGCUGCCAAGGAGUGUGGUGGAGUCUCCUUCUUUGGAGGUCUUUAAGCAGAGGCUUGACAACCAUAUGUCAGGAGUGCUCUGAUGGUGUUUCCUGCUUGGCAGGGGGUUGGACUCAAUGGCCCUUGUGGUCUCUUCCAACUCUAUGAUUCUAUGAUUCAGUAUAGGUCUUAUUACCAACUGAAUUACCGUAUUUUUUGCACCAUAACACUCACUUUUUUCCUCCUAGAAAGUAAGGGGAAAUGUCUGUGCGUGUUAUGGAGCGAAUGCCUGCGGGUGACGGGGGGGAUCUGCUGCAGUCGUGAGCAGAGGAUCCAUGGUUCCCCUUCCUUCCUCCCUCCGUGGUUACAAAGCAUGGAUCCACAUGGAUCCUCAAGAUUUUUGCAUUUCAUUUAGAAUAUUUUUUUUCUUCUUUUCCUCCUCUAAAAACUAUGUGCGUGUUAUGGACUGGUGCGUGUUAUAGAGCGAAAAAUACGGUAGUUUAGUUUCCAAAACUCUGCAUGUAAAAAUUCUCAAUGUCUUAAUGAUAAAGCAUAACGUCUUAUGGUGUAAUGCCUUACAUACCUCUGCCAAAUAAGUCUCAUUGUGUUUGAUGGGUGUUACUCCCAGGGAAUUGUACAUAGAUUGUGUGUGUAGGAUACAGCUUUAGUUUGUAAUGGAAACAGACAACUGAAUGAAUAACAGUAGAAAAGGAUAGAUUUUUAAAAGUUUACAUCCAAAAUGCCUCUGCACAGUAGUUAUUAUGAACAGAAUCAAAGUUACAACACGUACCAGAAGAUUGCUAAUGAUUUUUGCUCUUGAUUACAAAGUCUCUAUUAGAUAGCCAUAUUUAAAUACUUUUGCCAAGCUCUUAACAAAGAAAGAGGUGACAGCUUAUGAUUCUAUAACAGCACACUAAAGCAAAUUGUGUAAAUAUGAUAUGUUCACAAUUUUAUUUCCCAUAGCACUACAGAUAUAUUCAAAUAUAUUCAAAUACGGGGGGAAAUUAAAAUUGAUUUUUCAUCAAAAUUCAAAACUUGUUAAUUAGAUUCAGACAUUAAGAUUUCCCUUUCUUAGUUAAGCAGAUUUAAGAUUUUCUAAAUGACUGUUAAUUGCUAAACACAUUUGUUUUUACAGAUAGAAAGAAAACCCAAAUUACAUGAAAACAUCUGCUACAAAAUGUUCUGCUCUAUAGCUGGCCUUGCAAGUCUGAUUAGCAUCUGAUGUGGUCAAGUCCUCCUGUUCCCUGCAGUGACAUUAUGAAUUCUUCUGUGGAAUCUUGAUGGUGACUGUCUUGACUUCUGUAUACUCAUGAAGGCCAUAUUCUCCACUUAAAGAGAGAGAGAGACCAUCAGAAUAGCAACAGUAUUUAAUAUAUCUGUGAUCUAGCAUGUUCAAUGUCCAAGAGCUGCAAAUAUCAUCUGACAGUGUAUUCUGAUCAGAUGUUACAGGAAGCUUGGAUAGCCAGAGAUGUCAGUCUCUGUUACAGCCUUUUUUUUAUGAUGACAGACAGAGCCUGGGAAGCUUUGGCUUGGCAACUGAGUGGCUAGGAGUGGAAUUUGAACACUACGGUCAAUGAGCUACUUUUGAAAGUUAAACCAUGUGCCUCCUUCAGCUUACACUGGUUGGUUGAGGGGGUUUCAAAUGAGAACUUGGCAGUGUCAAUUGGUUGACUGAUAAGGGGGUGUUUCAAUCGAGUCUGACAGAAGGCAUUUCCUGUUUAUGGAAGUGAAAGGACCAACAUUCUGGUACAAUUUCUAUUCAUUUCCAUGAAGCUUCAAGAGAGUCUGACAAAGGGCGUAUUUCUAGAGACUGUGUCCAAAUUCUCUUAGACACAACAGCAUCCAGCCAUUGACUCUACAGAAAUUAUUGCCUUCCUCUGAGGCCUAAUGCAUGAUCUGGGCUAGAUAACAUUUCAGAAUAGAAAUCAGCUUCUUUGCCAAAAAAGGCUAUUUGCUCACCAAGAAGGCACAAAGGCUUGCAUUCUGUAUGGAUCUGUGCUAUCAAAUACCAUUUUAUGACAUCUUUAAAUGGAAGUUUGGGGUAGCUUCAGGCAAUAUUCUAGUGGCAUUUGUUUUCCUGCUAGAAUGGACUGUUUUGUAAAACUGAAAUGAAUUGUACAUUCACAUUUUUUCAUUUCAGUUUUACAAAACAGUCCAUUCUAGCAGGAAAACAAAUGCCACUACAAUACCCAACAGGGCAAACUGCUGGAUAGAAAAUGUAAUUAGCAAUGUUGAAGAAUUCCAAUGAAAACAGAAGCAAAAGCUACUGAUGUUCACUUAUUCACGCCAUGCCCAGAAUAGAAAUCAAUCCAGCAAAUACUGAUCAGUCUUUGCUGUUGUUUCUCAGUCCCAAAAAUCUAUAUAAUUGAUUAUGGUUCCCACCCCCACCCCCAUUUAAAAUUGUGUUGAAAUGAAUAGUGUGGAAGUAAUUGCAUCAUUCAUUAUGUUAAAUUGAUAAAUAAUUGUGUAAACUAUAUUAAAUAGUGAACAGUGAGAUGAAUAACUUGGCAUUUGGUGGAAAAGAAACCACUGCAAAACAGAAACAGCACAGGUUAUUUCCUUCCUAACUGUAACUGAUAUGGACAGCACAUCAUAGGAUGAGUUAAUACAACCCACAGUUUCUACACAGUGAUGUUCCUUUCCCAUCUUCCCUGACUGGUUACUCGUUCUUAUAAGCCAAAGCAGCGGAAAUGCCAGGAGAGCAAAGACAGACUUCCUGGAAAUAAGAAUGUUGUAGUGGUGACAUUUUGUGCUAAAAUACGAACUUGCUCAGAUAAAAUCUCUGAAAUUUGUAUCUGAAACAAAUCCCCACUGACUUUACUUACAGCUCUCGGCCAUUUCCUGACAUUUUGAAUCCUCCGAAAGGAACCUGAGCAGCCACUGCACUAUAGCAGUUCACCCUGAAGAAAAAGAGAAGAUGGAGCAACUUAGUCAUGGGCAGGAAUUCUGCUAGGUCAUAAGAGCUAGCUGAGUUUCUUUACAGAAUCUUGCACUAUGUGCAUACUUUAAAAAUCAGGAUAAACAUGAAUUUCUCUCAUGUCACAAAAAUACAAAUAUGCCUUCAGAACUGCUGCAGGCUCUUCUGUAUGUCUGCUACCUAACAGUAGAAAUUGUCGAAUUAUUCAACCCAAUUCAUAGAAAAUACAGAAAUACAGUACUGUCAACAUGUGGAGGAGCAUGUUGUUCAGUGAUUAGUAUGGAUAGUGAGCUUUCAGACUUAAAUCCCUGCUCUGAUAAGGAUUCCUUGGGUUGUUUGCCUCUAAAUUUUUGCAGUGUGUCAGCUUGAGCUGGUUUACCAGCUACACACUUUCCUGAAGAAGAAUGGCCUUGUCACAAUGAUGCAUGCCUUAGUCUACUACUCUAAUGGACUGUAGGUGGGGAUGCCUUUGAAAAAUAUUCAGAAAAUGCAAUGGUCUUGGUGAUUCACCAGCUUAAUUGGUUCCCAGGCAGUUCCUGCACAAAAAUGAAAAUGUUGGUAUUAUCCUUUGAAGCACUAAAUGGUCUGCGUCAUCAGACCCUAAAGAACACCUGCUCCCAUUUGUGCCUACCUGUUUGCUGAGAUCUUCCUCAAAGGCCCAACCUCAUGUGCUCCCACCAUUUGCAGCAUGGCAGAUGGUGAUGUGAGUUAGCAGUGGCACAGAAGCUGUAGAACUGCAUCCCUUGAGAAAUGUUUUUCAAAAUUGUGCCUAACUCAUGAUGCCAUCCUAUGGGCAGGGUUGUAUUUUGUGUUGGCUGCACAUGCCUGUUAUUGGAGCAGGAUCCAUCAGCUGAUAAGCAGAGGUUAAACCUUGCUCAGUUUCACAGGAGUCCAUGCAAACCCCUUCUUGAUUCAGAACGGCAUUUACACGGAAACUGCUGCUAAAGCUAAGCCGUUUGCCUGGAAUCUCUUGCUAAAAUGGAGGAAAUAACCAACUUUGGGACCUCAAAGCACCUUGCAUCUGAUGUCAUUGGGAUGUCAGAUGAUUGACAGGUGGGUGGCAUGUGAUGCCAAUUCUGAUAAGGGUAUGACCCCUGAAGCAAAAAAUAUUCUUUGUUAAAACUACAGUCUAAAGAUGUAGGAAGAGGUAGCAGACUUAAUAGGUUCAUGUCUCAAAGAUGCUAUUCAGGUUUGAGGUUACACAGCUUUUCUCUCUUCAGGUACUCUGUGUGCCUUCAGAUCACAAAUACCCAUUAAAUUGUGCUGUAAGUCUUCUAUGUAAGGUUAAUUUGGGUAAAAUAACAACACCAAGGGUACUUACCAGACUGUUCCAGCCUGAAGAGCAGCUGCAAAUGUCAGAGCUUUGUUAAUGUCUUUGGUAAACACUCCAGCUGCUAGACCAUAAUGAGUAUUGUUUGCUCUUUUUAUAACUUCAUCAACAGUCUUGAACUUCAUGAUUUGCUGAACUGGCCCAAAAAUCUGUUUGAAAUCAAAAGAAGCAAUCAACAAUUAGCAUGGCAAAAAUCAAUAGAUACUUUCUUGCAAAGUAUACUUUCCCUAUUACAUAGGUCUUAAAGUAUUAUUCUCAUUAGUGAUCAAAUCAGUGCUCUUUGACACAGUGGUUACUUUAUAAGUUUAGACCCACAUUUUCCCUAUGAAACUUACCAACCUGCCUGCUCCUUCCCUAUCACAUUAAUCUUCAUAACUCCAUUAAAUGGAACACAGAGAUUCUCUAUAGCAUGGUUCAUGGAGAUUUCAGAUUCAAAUAAAUGUAGGAUCUCCUAUUAUAGCUAUUGCCUUCAGAGGAGAACCAGAAAGAUGUUCAGCAGUUUGGAAAACAAGUCCUCCAAAGAAAUAUUAAAUAUUGGGCUGAGUGUGUUUAACCCAGAGAGAAGACUAAGAGAGGAAAUGAUAGCAUUCUUCAAACAUCCAAAGGUCUGUCACACUGAAGAAGUUUAACACCGGUUCUCUGCUGCCUGAGGAUGCAGGGCAAGAUGAUUUGCUGUAUAAUUCUGUCUACCCAGAACUAUUGAAUUCAGUGGGGCUGACUCCCAGGUAAAUGGGAUUAGGAUUGUCUACUCAGAAGCAAAAUGUGGAUUUGCAGCUGUAGGAUGUAAAGGCAACCACAAAGCACCCACCCCAUCACAAUGAUCACACUGGACCUUCCCUUCAUUAAGCAUGGGUUGUUUCAAUCCUUAAGGUAAAGGGACCCCUGACCAUUAGGUCCAGUCGCGGACAACUCUGGGGUUGUGCGCUGAUCUUGCUCUAUAGGCCAUAGGAGCCAGCAUACAGCUUCCGGGUAAUGUGGCCAGCAUGACUAAGCCGCUUCUGGCGAACCAGAGCAGCGCACGGAAACGCCGUUUACCUUCCCGCUGGAGCAGUACCUAUUUAUCUACUUGCACUUUGACGUGCUUUUGAACUGCUAGGUUGGCAGGAGCAGGGACCGAGCAACAGGAGCUCACCCCAUCGCGGGGAUUCGAACCGCCGACCUUCUGAUCAGCAAGCCCUAGGCUCUGUGGUUUAACCCACAGCGCCACCCGCAUCCCUAGUUUCAAUCCUUAGAAAGUGUAAAAUAGCCAAGGGUGAAAACACACACAUACAUUUAAACAGGGGAAGGUCCGGGAGGACUUCGUGAAGAUGCCCCUCGAUUAAAGGGGAGAUAGCUUAAUCUAGCUAAUAGAUUUGCCUAACAGUGAAAACAGUUUGAAAAUGAAACCAAUUGCCUUGUGUGUGCAUGUGUGCUUUCCUUUACUGGAGAUUUUCAAGCUGAGGCCAGACAGCCAUCUGUUGGGGGAGCUCCAGCUCUCAGUUUCCUGCAAUUCUACAAUUCUGUGGUUCUGUGAAAUAACCGACCAUGCUCUCUCUGAUACUAUGAUUUACACAGUGGAGAAAGAAACCUGCAAACCUGAAACUUCUUUCACAAUGCCUGCAUAUAGAAGGAGGAGUGGGGUGGGAAAGGAAUAGUUGAACUGGGGAUGGAGAAUUCUAUUUAUACUUUAUGUCACUUUCACACAUUUUCACACUCUAAUAAGUCUGCUCCAUUUCUUCAUUAGUCUGGGUCAUUUUUUGGGAGGGGGGACUUCACAUUUAUACUUGGAUUUUAAAGCAUCUUGUCUAAACACAUCCUUGUGAUGAGUGUGCAAGUAAAUUGUUAUUAAACUCCUUAUUGUGUGCUUCUAUUUAAAAAUUAAGAACACAUUUGUGUUUUCAUCUCAUAAAUGUUUAUUGGAGAUUUGCUUAUCUACAAGUUUCUGCAUAAGUAAGAAAACAAAGUUU